GGCGGCCGGAGCCGAGAGGCCGAAGGAGGAGCGGCUCGUCGUGUGGGGAGGAGGAGAUGAAGGAGGCGGCGGCGGCGCGCGGAUGGCGCCUGGGCCGCUGAGGUGGGAGCGGCUCGCCAUGAGCGCGUGGGCGGCCGGGAAGGCGCUCGCGGGGCCCUCGGCCCGCCUCGCCAACGGCCUAGAGAUCCCCAUGCUGGGGCUGGGUAAGUGCGCAGGUCGCCCCCUCGCUCGCCUGGUGGAUGACACGCACUACAUGCCUAUCAUAAUAUAACAUAACAUAAGCCACCCCUCGCUCGCUUUGCUAAUAACACUCAUUAUAUUAUUAUUAUUAUUAUUAUAAUAUAAUAAAUAUGAUAUAAUAUAAUACAAUAUACUAUAUUAUAACAUAACGUAAGCCGCCCCCUCUUGCGCUUUGUUGAUGACACACAUUAUAUUCCUAUAAUAAAUAUAAUAUGAUAUAUUAUAAUACAAUAUACCAUAUUAUAACAUAACGUAAGCCGCCCCCUCAUGCGCUUUGUUGAUGACACUCAUAUUUCUAUAAUAAUAAAAUAUAAUAAAUAUAAUAUAAUACAAUAUAACAUAUUAUAACAUAACAUAAGCCGUCCCCUUCUGCACUUUGUUGAUGACACUCAUUAUAUUCCUAUAAUAUAAUAUAAUAAUAUAACCACACACACAAAACCCCGUUCCCGCCUCUUUUCCCUCUCACGAAUCACAAAGCGGCUCGCAAACAAGAAAGGGCAACGGCUUAAGGAAGUCAAGCCUUGAAAUGAUUGUAUAAUUAAUGAAAUGUAUAAAUUUGAAAAGUAUAAAUAAAAACUUGAAAAAAAAGAAAGGGCAACAGCAUGAGCGGAACAAACAGCAUUUUGUCCUUGCAGUACAAACCCUAUGGGAUAAUCGACAGAUCACCUGCAAUGGUUUUAUUUGCUUUAUUGCAUUCACCAUCAUCAUAUGCCCACCUUUGAUCUUCCAAGGAACCCUGUGAGGUAGGUUAGGCCUCUGGAUACUUGGGAGUGAAAAGCAAUAGGUCAGUCCGUCUGGCUGUUAACCAGAAGGUUGGUGGUUUGAGCCCACCCUUACUGGGAGCCUCAUUUCAUUAAGGAGAUGUUUGGAUGGUGAUACUUGGCUCUGUGACCAUACCUUAAAUCCUGUUCCUCCUCCUGUAGAAUUAUUCCCCCACGCACAACCCAAGUACAGAAAAUUGUGGGGAAAGAGGGCUUUUGUUUUUGUAGAUGUUGGCAGUGAGGCAUCAGAAAAUGCUCUUUGGUGAUGUAAUAUCUCCUUGCUGGUCCUCUUUGCCUUAGUUAAUCACUUUCCUUUCAUCAGUCAAGCAUCCAAACAUCCCGUGAUGAUAAUGAUGAGGAUAAUGCUAAUUAGCCUUUCUGUAGUACACUUCAAGUGUUCAAAGUGCUUCAACAUCUUAAUAACCCCUACAUAGUAAUUAACUCAAAAAAUGAAAGGUGGAUGGAAAUUCGCAUGCAUAAUAGGCAAUGAAAGGGAGCAUUAAAACCUUUACCUGUGAGUAAGAGAAAAGGAAAGGGUUAUUUCUCUGCCUGUCCAUGGCCACUAUCCUGCAUCAGUUCACGGUGAUUCAACAGCAGCAUAGUAUUCACCAGCUACUUGCAUUCAAGAACUACAUAAAAUUAGCAGGAGGUCACUCUUCCCUAGUUGCUCAGGCAUGCGAGUUUUCAUUAUGAAGUUUGGAAAGUCUUUUUCUCUCAUCAGUGGAGCAGAGCAAAUAAAUGUUCUUUCCCUAGCUACGCCCCUUUGAGAAGUGGAGAAAGGGAUUAUUUUGUUCAUUGAACUGCAGUUGUUGAGGGGGGGAAAAGGGCUUCCUUGCAUUACGACACACUCGGCUUUCUCUGGAACUGAUCCCGCUGUUAACUUUUUAAAAAGACUCUGCGUGCGCAAACACACUCGCACACCCUGCAGCUAUCAAAACUGGCAUCUGGGUUGGCUGCUCAGCAGAGCCCAAGCAAUAAGAACUUGCUCUGUGUCUGCUAAAAUUAGUGGCAAAACUCUCAUUGAUAGUAAGGCACUCCUUGCUGAGGUCUCAAGUAAAAUCCCGAAGAGCAGUGUCCUCUUCCUAUUGAAAGAAUAUUUGAAGCUGGUAUUGUUGUUUAGUUGUUUAGUCGUAUCCGACUCUUCAUGACCCCAUGGACCAGAGCACACCAGGCACGUCUGUCUUCCACUGCCUCCCGCAGUUUGGUCAGACUCAUGCUGGUAGCUGUCCAACCAUCUCGUCCUCUGUCGUCUCCUUCUCCUUGUGCCCUCCAUCUUUCCCAACAUCAGGGUCUUUUCCAGGGAGUCUUCUCUUCUCAUGAGGUGGCCAAAGUAUUGGAGCCUCAGCUUCACAAUCUAUCCUUCCAGUGAGCACUCAGGGCUGAUUUCCUUAAGAAUGGAUAGGUUUGAUCUUCUUGCAGCCCAUGGGACUCUCAAGAGUCUCCUCCAGCACCAUAAUUCAAAAGCAUCAAUUCUUCGGCGAUCAGCCUUCUUUAUGGUCCAGCUCUCACUUCCAUACAUCACUACUGGGAAAACCAUAGCUUUUACUAUACGGACCUUUGUUGGCAGGGUGAUGUCUCUACUUUUUAAGAUGCUGUCUAGGUUUGUCAUUGCUUUUCUCCCAAGAAGCAGGCGCCUUUUAAUUUCGUGGCUGCUGUCACCAUCUGCAGUGAUCAUGGCGCCCAAGAAGCUGGUAGAAAGUGGGAAAUCAGGAGCUCUGUGGGUGUGGGAAACCUGAGUAAAUAAUAUGUCAAGGCAGCUGCAGUAUCUGAAAUGCUUAAGGUGAUUCUGUGCUUGUGUGUCAUUUAAGAUGAUGAGGAACAAGUUUUGUUUUUAGGGAUAUUCGUCCAAAAUUACUGAUCUUCUUGAGAAAUCCCAGUUAAGCCUCCCAAGGAACUCCAGGGUCCCUAAAACACAGUUUCAGAACUGCUGGUUUAAUUAAAAUCUGCAGAAUAUCUCCUCUUCUUGAAACCCCUUUGAAAUAGGACCACAUGGUGCUCAUCGUACACUCUAAUUCUAAUAAGUAAGGAGGCGUCACUUCCUGGCCUUUAUAAAGGCUUCUGUGGCCUUGUACAACUUCUUUUUAAAAGCUUCAUUGCAGCAUAACAGCUAAAAACAAUUGGGAAAAAAUAAUACAGCAACAAGAGCAGCUUUUUGGAAGCCACGCGGUGCAUUCAAUGUGCCUUUAUUGUUGAAAGCCAUUGUGGGAGGCGAGGGACUUAAUAAAUGGAAUCUCCUGGUGUUUAAGAAGUAUUUCAUUAGUUGUAGUCUUAGCAAGAUACUUCUAUAAGCAUUUUAUUAAAUUACAGAAGAGAAACCCGUAGUUGCAAAGCUGUUCACCAUGUAACAUUUCUGGAACUUUAUAUGAUACAUGUUCUUAAAAGAAUGACCCUGGUUUCUGUGGCAUUUUAAAAGCUGCCUUUUAAACAUUGCACAGUUUUUUGUCUCCUUAUUGUGAAGGGGAAAUUUUUGUUUUGAUUGGACAUCCUUUAUUUAAAUAAAAAAGAAUUCAGGUUGAUGUAAUUAUUAGAAUUUCAGGGUUUUAAGUAGCACGAGGCUGUGAAACAACAUGCUGCCAGAAUGCUAGUGUAGUACACAGAGUUCUGAACUUAGCUCAGAUGGUUCUGGGUUCCAGUUCCUGAACUUAGCUCAGGUGGUUCUGGGUUCAAAUUCCUGCUUAUUCUUGACUGAAUGAAACUCAGUCUCUUAGCCUAACUUAACUCCUAGCAGAUAAAAUUGAAAAUCAUCCUAGAUAAGAUUCCACCCCCACCCCCCUGUAACUUCUCGUGGUGUUUCUCUGGGGGAAGUAUCCUGGCAAUACUAAGUUAUUAUUUUUUUCUUGGAUUCUACUAAUUGUUUUGGUGAAUUUAUUCCUGUUGUUUGCUUUAUUUAUAUGUUAUUGUGUUCGAUAUUAUAGCUAUUGCAGUCUUUGUUGUUUUUUAUAUGUGAUUAUUGUGAGCUGCUUUGAGCUCUGUUGCUGGAAAAGCAGAAUACAAGUAUUAAAUUAAAUCAAAUCAAAAAGUACAACUUGGUUUAUCUACGCAAUCUCUGAAAGAUCCAGAAUAUGAUCUUAACUAUAAUAUUCAUAUAUACUAGCCAAAUGAGGGGAGAUGUAUUCAGAUAGGUUGUUCUCAGGGGUGUGGAAAACCUUGGGAACAGAGGGCGCAAUGAGUAGCAGGAAUUGACAAAACUGAUGUGCCUUGUGCUAUUGGAAGCCCUUGUACAAGUCCAAAGUCGCCAUUAGACACAACCCUGAAUGUCUUUCACUAUCCAGAGUAGAAGAAAAUAAAUCUAUUGACAUAAAUAGCGCAAUCCAUUCUGUUAACCUGAAUUUGCCAUGAUGAAGGAAGAUCAGUUCAUGAGGCUUUGUUAGAGUUUUUGUUUUUUUUUGACUUUGUGAAAAGCAUCUGGAUAUGGUGGAAUAAAUUCAGGGGAUUUUACAAUAUAAGAAACAGAUGGCCAAGUAUUUUCUUCUGGCUGCUUUCUAAUGCCAAGGAUUUGUGGCUAGCUGAGCAAUUCACUCAAUUAUAGCUUGUGCAUACAUAUUUGAAAAAUAAUGACAAUAAAGGAAAGGAAAUUCAUAAGCCAAGUUGCUAUCUUGAAGUUGUUUUUAUCAGAAUUAUUCUUAAGCAAUUUCAGGCACAAAUCCAUAUGAUCUGCUGUGACACCCACCCAUCCCAAAGCCAUGAGUUAGUAUUUUAUGGGAAAGAAUUCUUAAGUUUCAACUAAUUUUAUUGGUAGCUUGGUCAAUUAAAAUAGUUCUACAAACUAUUUUACAAGCUUUAUUUUUUUUUAAAAAAAUGUUUGGUUUUUAACUAAUUAAUGUAGUGUUGUGAACACACCAACAUUAUUUGCUGAAUUCUUGCAUUAUUAUUUUGAUUGAAUAUGGAGGGUGUACACCCUUGGCCAAAGUAUGCCCUUUGUCCUGGCAUGUACAGCUUUCCCUAGAAAUUUGAUAUUGCUGCUGGGUGAUUUCCCCCACCUGUAGUCUGGAUAUGGAAUACUUGCUGAUACUGCUUUCUAACACAGGAAAGGAGGGGAGGAUUAUUUUUGCAUCACUUCCAUUUCUCUUUCUUCCACUCUUCUGCCUAUGUGGAGGAGUCGAGGCUUUGGGAACAACAUUCCUUCUUGUUUUUGAAAGCGUUUUGCUUGGGUAGCUUUCCGGUUUGAUACAGAUCCAAAUGGUGCUACAAAAUAGAAAGGGGUGGAAACUUUUAAUUUGAAAUGAGAGCAUGUUUCAGUUUUUAUUCCAUUAUCCAGAGUCAAUUAGUAGCAAACUGUUAACCUAACCUUGAGAAUUCAGGAUUGUAUCGAAUGCUAGUCCUACACAGUCAUGGAAGUUAAUGGGCACAACUAACAGGUUCAUUCCUUUCGAUGGGUCUGCUUUGGAAGGAACUGAGUUGGCUACAACUCUGAAAGUUUCAACAAAGUAACUUCAGCUCGUCACAAUCAUAAAAGCCCAUCGUACCUUCUUUCCCCAGUGUUUCCCCAAACUUGGGUCGCCUGCUUUUUGGGGGCACUACAACUCCCAUCAUCCCUAGCUAGCAGGACCAGUGACCAGAGAUGAUGGGAGCUGUUCAAAAACAGCGGGAGACUCAAGUUUCGGAAAGCUAGGAUGUGGCACUGCUUUGCCCGUGCUUCUCUGGGGUUUUCCUCCAGUCUGCUGAGGUGAGAAGCAGAAAGUGGUUCAGAUAGGCAGAAGCCAGGCCUGUGGAUACAGCGGUACCUCUAGAUGUGAACGGGAUCUGUUCCGGAGCCCCGUUUGCAUCUAGAAGCAAACGUAACUAGCGAUGGCACGUCUGCGCACGCAUGCGCCGCUUUUUGCCGCUUCUGCACAUGCACGUGACGACAUUUUGAGCGUCUGCGCAUGCACAAGCGGUGAAACCCAGAAGUAACACGCUCCAUUACUUCCGGGUUGCUGCAGAGCGCAACUUGAACGCGCUCAGCUCGAAGCACAUUCAACCCAAGGUAUGACUGUACUCAUUCUGGAGUCAAGGAGUAUCACCACUUAACUACCGUAUUUUUCGCUCUAUAGGACGCACCGGACCAUAGGAGGGGGAGAACAGGGGAAAAAAAUUCUCCCCCUCUCUGCUCAGCGCCACUUCAGCGAAGCAGCAGGAGCCCCUUCCAUUUCUCCUCCCACUUCGCUGAAGGGGCGCUGCGCAGAGAGGGAAAACUGUGCAGCGCCUCUCCAGCGAAGCGAAGCCUGGAAAGCAAGAGUGAUCUGUGUGCACCAACCCCUCUCGCUCUCCAGGCUUCAGGCGGCCAUCCGCAAGCCUUCGGAGCACGGCGGGAACUCCUGUCGCGCUCCGAAGGCUUGCGGAUAGCUGCCUGAAGUCCCCGGAGUGCAGCGGGAGUUCCCUGCACUCUGGGGGCUUCAGGCGGCUUCAGCGAAAAGCAACGCGAAGCCUCCGGAGCAUGGGGGGAGCUCUCCCUCUGUGCUUUGGAGGCUUCGCAUUGCUAUUGCUGGAGCCAAGGAGCCUGCAUUCGCUCCAUAGGAUGCACACACACUUCCCCUUCAUUUUUUGAGGGGGAAAAGUGCAUUCUAUAGAGUGAAAAAUACGGUACUUCCUCGUCCACAUGGCCAGAUUGACCAAUUCCAGUCUAUUCUGUGAGUCAGCCUAAGAGCAAUUGAAAUAGGUAAAUGCUUCCUAUGGUCAGUCUUCAAUACUGUGCUUCAUACAGAACUGAAAAAGGCUUUGUAGAAAAUGCACAGCCGUGCAGUUUGUUUCUUUGUAAAGUGUUGGUACACAAAGUUGUUGGACUGUUUCAACACAUGGUUAAUGUCCUUAAACCUGAUAACUGUGUUUGUCUUUCUCUCACAGUACUUCUAAAAUCUAGGGAAGCUUUCUAGGAUUCCCCCCCUUUCACAUGCCACAUUUGUAGUUCAUGGCUUUUCUUUCUUAGCCAGAGGCUAUGUACAAAAACGGGACCUGAAUGGCUGUAUCACGUGAGGCUGCAACUUGGGUUGCAGCCGUUGUGCCUUCAGCUGAGUCAGGGGGAGAAUGCUGAUUUUCUGCUCCCCUUGGGUUUGUCGGUGCUUCUUGUCAAGGGAGAUAGCUAUGGUAUGUAGAUGGCUGAAUUAAAAAUUACCCCCCCCCCCCCCAAAUAAUGCAUAUCAGAAAGUUGCACUUGCAGGUUGCUUACCAUGAAAUCACAGAAGAAUAAUCAAUGCCUUGCUUAGUUUUUUUGCUUCUCAGUUUAAAAGGGAGAAACGGGUAAGGCAGUACCACUUAGUAAGCAGUCUUUCUUUAAUGAGAUGGUAGCUUCUGAAUUUUAUGUAGUGUACCUUUCCUUUUGCUCUUGGGGAACCAAAGAGCAUUAACAUGCUGCCCGACAUAUUUAGGAUAUAUUCUUGCUUUCAUGCACCAGAAGCACUCACAUUACUCCCAGGUAAGCGUGCAUAGGACUGCAGCCUUAAUGCCCCUAACUACAUCCUUCAGGUUUUCAUAUACCAUUGUAUACUUAAAUAGCAGAAUUGUAGAAAUAGUAAAUCAGGAAUCACAAAAUUGGGCUUUGAGCCAUUUGCUGUUAAAGCAUAUCUUCCUUCUCCCUGAACAAAGUGAAUGUCUUGGGGCUAAAGUAAGUUGGUCAUUUUAGUUUGGCUUGGGCAGUUGGGCAGGGAAGGUAUAUUCUCAUUGUCUUCCCCCUUCCAGAAUGUUCUGUGAACCAAAGUAAAUGGGUUGGCAAGACUGUUAGGGAAGAACAAAAGCAUACUCCUUGCAAGAAAUUGGGUCACCACCAGCUUUAGUUCCCACCUUAGCUGUGACUGCAAAUAUGCCCCUUUAUUCUCUCCCAUGACUGACAUUUAUAGGGGGAAGGAAAAGUGGGAGAUUAAACUUACUCAGUUUCUGAUGCUAUGUGCCUAUCCUGCUGAAUAGGACCCUGCAUGUGUGAAUGAAACUAAAAGGCUUUGUUUGGACAUAAACUCAAGUUUAUUACAAGAACAAGCUGCACCAAAGCCUUGAACUUGUGCAUUUGCUUCCCUCCUCCGGCAUGGCCACAAGGAGGAGAUCAGAAGCUUUCACUUCCGUUUUUUGCUUAAUCACAGCUUGUUGCAAUUAAUCAAACCUUGAUUUAUCACAACAAUGGUUUGCUGAAACAACCCAAUUUUGAACUAUAGGCUAUUAAGCUGAUUUAAAAUAAUAAUAAUAAAUAAAUAAUGAAAAAAUUAACCACAGUUGUUUCAGAAUAAGGCUAAACUGUGGUUAAUCAAAAAGCAGAAGUGAAAGCUUCUGAUAUUCUUGCAGUGACACAAAAGGAGGGUGCAUGAGUGUGAGGCUCAUUCUGGCUCAUUCUCCUAAUUCUAAAUGAUAGCUUAUUGUUACGUUCAAACACAGCUAAUGUAUCGUCCUAAGUAGGAAUCAUUGCAAUAUAUGGGUGCUCUCCCCCCCCCCCACAGCACAGCCAUGGCACUAUAAUAAAAAGGAAUUUUGCUAGUUACAUGAUGAUGAUUAUAUUUGAUUUGUAUCACACACACUCUCAUGGGCUCAGCAUUUUUUAUUAAUGUUAGUAUUCCUGCACCCUAGGGAUAUACAAUUUAUGGCAGUAUGUAAUAAAUAUAAAAAUGUGUGAGAUUAACACAGAAUGCAUUAGUUGUUUACAACUGAUUGUACUUCUGUUCUACACACUGAUUUAACUGCAGCAAAUUUUCCCCAGGAAUACCGUGAACUGCAGUUCUGUGAGGCUACUGAGCCUUCUCUGUUAAAGAUCCUUAGUCUUCAGUAUGCAGAAUCAUAAUGUAAUUAUUAUGCUAUUAGUCAGAUGUAAUAGCAUCCCUUAGGUAGAAAAAGUGCCACAACUACUGCAGUUGAGACAUUAAUUGUCUCAGGAUAUUUAAUUGUGUCACAACACACACACAGUAUUCAAAAUAGGCAGAAAGCUGAGCUAGUUUACAAAUUUCAGACAGGUAAUUUGAAGGCUUAGUCUUAGAAGGAAAAGAAUUUAUCCUGUGCUGAAAGUAAAAAAAUCUGUGAAUUCUUUUGAUCUCUCUCAUGUGAAAAACAGAUCCAACAAUACUUCUUUGGUUUCUUCCUAUCUUAUGGUGGGAAGAAAAGGAGAACAGGGAAGCCCAAGAAUCCGUCCAGGUGUAAGAAGUACUGGAAGUUAUUUCAAUUGGCUGUAACAAAAGGAGUAGAGUGGAAAUCAUUGAAAACUGGUUCACACCAGCAAUUCUUCGUGCACUAUUAACUGUUCAGAUCUAGUCACAAAAGAUUAUUCUGAGGAGAAAAGGUUUAGUGAACCCUGGAAAUUGGAUUUGAUUUAUGCCAGAAAAUCUGCCUUUUCACUGCUUGAGAUUUUCUAUGGAAGAAAGCCACAGCCUUUUACCAAACGGUUUCUAAGGAAACAUCUUAUAGCAGAGCAUCUAAAAACAAUUUGGUUGUUAAUGAGAAAUAGUUCUCACAACGGUGGGAAAGUGCUGAGUGAAAGAAAAGGCUUCAAGAUUUUGGCACUUUCUCCAUAAAGACAUUUAAAUAAAAGUGUGCUGUGCUGUAGCACAGCUUAUGAAAUUUCCUGCAUAGAAGGGACUUUAAUCACCUGGCUUUCAGGGCUCUGUGCUCUGGUUUCACAUCCUCCCCUCUUUACUGCAGGCAAACACUUUAAAGUGAGCUGCAGAAAUACCUUUUAAAUUUUUUAUUUAAAGCAAGGUAGACACUUAGAAAUUUGUCAUUCCAUUGAUAUAUAAUUUUACGGUAUUACUAAAAAAAAAAAAAAGUGGUGUUAUGAGCCAUCAAACCUUGGAAAUACACUUUUCCCGAAAGGUUUCUACAAUUUUGGCCACUAGUGUAUUAUGCAGCAUGCUCUGAAAUACUCUGUUACUGGAGUGAGUGCUGUCUGUCAGGUUCAGUCUGGUCUUCACCCAAGAGCCUCCUGUUGUGAGAAUGGCUGUCUGUUGGGGCUAGCCUCCCUCUUUCCAUCCUAUUGGUUUUCUCUGCCCAGACUAUAAAUGUUUCUAGGUCUUUGUCUAGGUCAUUCUGUCCUGGGGUUGACCCUCCCAUAUUACAUUUGUUUGGACCUGCUUACUAGCAUCUGCAUAGGGGACCUUUUUUAGCCCAAGGUCCCAUUCUGGCCCAAGCUCCAGGGACCACAAUGGCACUGGUGAGCAGGGCAAGCAGAGCAACUCCUGUCCUCCAUGCAAGCAAGCAAGAAGCACAAGUUCAAGCACUCAUUCUAGCCGGGCAUAAAGGAGACUGCAAAGCAGAGCCAGUAAGGUAUGGCCUGGGGAGAGUCCGAAGGGCCAGACAGAGAGGGCUCAAAGGCUGCGUUCGGCCCCUGGGGCUGAGGUUCCCCAUUCACGGCUUAGGCCAUCAAGUGGGAUCUGCCUCGUUCUCCAUCUGAAUCCUGCUUGGAUUUGAACUGAGCCCUCUGCCUGAUCAGCUGUCUAGUGAUGCUACUCUCAGAAACACUGUUAAUACACGGGAGCAUGGUUCCUGCUGUUACGUAGCCAUAGGGCAUCCCUGUAGCUGUCACUCAUAAACAUUUCCUUAGACUUGCUGUGGUGGGAUGCUGAGAAGCCACUUGGGGAACUGAAAAAAGAAGGAAGGGUAGAUUAACUGAUCAGAUGUCCUACAUCAGAGACAUGUAGAAGGGUGUACUAGCCUCUGAAGCAAUAAUUACAUUGUGGAAAAUGCAUUCCGAAGUAAUUUUGGUGCCAAAAAUAAAACAGAGCACCCUACGUCCAAGUAUGUAAUUAUGCACUAACCAUAGCUAAGGUAUUAUCUUCAUCCUAAAUGCUAAUGUUUACAGCUUCUUUAUGUAUGCCCCGGGUCCACCCCCCUUAGUCUUUCAGUUUUUCUCAUUCUGUUAUUAUUUCUGCUUUUUAACAGUCUUGGGUGCCAAAUGAAAAAUUCAAAAGUAAAAGGUGUGUUGGAAAUGAAACGUCCGACUUUCUAUCAGGAUUGUUUGAUUAGUGGGAUGCCUCUGAGAAUGUUUAAGACAAAUAUUUUGAGAACUAGUUGUACAUAUACAAAGUUGUAUGUUUUUGGGAAGGCUGAAGCUCAGGGGUAGAGUAUCUGCUUUGCCUGCAGAAGCUUACAAGUUCAAUCCCCAGCAUCUUCAGCUGGGAAGGACACCUUGUCUGAAACCCUGGAGGGCCACUGCCUGUGAGUGUAGACCAGUGAUGGCCAAACUUGGCCCCCCAGCUGUUUAUGGACUACAACUCCCAUCGUCCCUAGCUAACAGGACCAGUGGUCAGGGAUGAUGUGAAUUGUAGUCCCAAAAGAGCUGGAGGGCCAAGUUUGGCCAUCACUGGUGUAGACAGUAUCUAAGGUAGAUGGACCAACUGUCUGAAUUUGUAAAAGACAAGCUGCUUGUGUUCCUGUAUGAGCUUGUCUUCUUGGAAGUUGGCAUAAUGUAUUAGCAAGACCCUUCUGGUGUAAUUAAUUUCUAAAUAUCAGAACUCACACAUGGUCACUAUUUCCUAAAAGAAUUAACUUUAGUGCAUUGGUUUGCUGUAAGGAUAGUCUGUACAAGGAUUUAAAGAAAGAGAAGCAUGCUGAAUGUUUCAUGGUUGCUUGUGUUUUUUUAAAGCUGUGUUACAUGAUUGUACAGAUGUAAUUGUACUUUAAUUGUUUUUUAUCAAAAAAAUAACAUGAAGUUGCCUGAUUCUUUUAUGCAAGACUUGCUUUGGAAAUGAUACAUAUCUUAAGCGAAACAGUGGAACUGAAAGGCCUAUCCUGGUUUAGUUAAAACAUUCCCACGAUGUAGUCCAAAUGUUGAGUAACUCCAUAGAAAUGAAAGACUGGAUGUCAAAAUAAAUUAGUAUGUGUAUGCUAUUGUGGAUCAGCUUUCCACUUUAUGGCCACAUCCUGCAAGGACUCUUCUCAGUUUUAACUAGAGCUAAAGACACAAGAUGGUUUUACUCACGGUUAAUGAGUUCUGUAUAACUACCUAUAGGUUUCCUUAGCACACAUCCUGUUUUUAUGGGAACAACAUUUCAGAGGAUAUAGAUAAAGGUUGUAAAUAUUUGGGGUGUCAUUCCGAAUUGUACGGUAGGAAGCUCAACAGUUAAAAGCUUCUAAGCCUUUUUGCCAGGAAAUUAAUUCAGAGGGCUAAAAAACAGUAAUAGGAUAUUCUCAGCAGAGGCAAAAUACAUGAAUAAAAGAUAAACAUAACUCUGAAAAACUUAAGAGCAGUCCCUUUGUUUAUAUAAUGUGAUGAUGAUGAUAUUGUAUAACUGCCUAAGAGUCAAUAACAUAAAACCUUUUUACUUAUCAUCUCUGUGGAUUUUAUCCAAUAAUAGUCCUCACCCAUUGAAAUUAAAGGACAUCACUAAUUUAGCACACUUUAGCAAUUUGGUCUAUUCUGGGUUUUUCUUAGCUGGAUACCACUUUUGUUCAACAUUCAGAGCGUUGUGCAGUCUUCUUGAGGUCUCCAUCCAGAACUAUACACGGAACAGAAAGUGUGCAGCCAGAUUAGGGAGGAAAGGUGAUUGUUGCAGAUGUAGCUGCUUUCACAAUUUACCAUAAUUAUAUUAAGUUUUAAAACCAUUGGCUUGAAAGAAAAGGGAGAUCAAGAAUGAGAUUGUGAUUCCUUAGUACAUUUGCAAAUUAGUAAGAAUUAUAGCACAUGUCUACUUAGAACACUGAGUUCAAUUGGGCUUACUCCUAGGUAAGUGCAUACAGUACAGGAUUUCAACUUUAAAAAUAACUGUUCAUGAGGUGAAGAAAAGCCAGAGACAUUCAAUGCCAUUGGGUAGAAAUGUAUUUUGUAGACUGAUGACACAGGUUUGCUAGCCUCUGCCUUAGAAAUAUGGUCUUCAUCUAUGUCUCAAAUUUUGGGUGGACAUCUUUGGAUAAGCAUCUUGGACCCUGGUCCAGGUCUGAAAGGUCAAAUACUUGUGAAUUCCAGUAAUACCUUGUACUGAACCUCUAUGGAAAGAAGAAAGAGACUAUUACUCUCAGGCAAGCUAGUUUGAUAAUGGGGUGGGUGGGAGCAUUGUUUAUUUACAUUUUGCUCUGUUGAUUGUUAUAGUUAUAUAUUAACAUUUAAUAAAAAUCAUAGCUAUUUGCUCACAGAAAUCACUUUAAAAGCUGUGAGAAGGAAAAGACUCCAGAAAUAAAGCUUUUCUCCUCUUGCAUUAAUCAGGCGUGGUUUGGAUAAAGGCUGGAAACCUGGCAGCCUACAGGCAGAAUUCAAUCCUCAGAAGGCUGUCAGCUGGUCCCUGCGGUGGGGUUCAGGAUUCAGAGGCCAUCCUCCCCCUCGCCCCAUACUGCCAUUGCUGCAACUUUUCAAUUAAGGUUUGGUGGCAAUUAUGUAAUUUUCCAGUCUGUGUCUGCUGGCUGGUAUAUUAAUUGUUAAUUUGGAAGGGAGGUGAGGAGGAACUAUCUGCCAUCUGCAAUAUUUAAUUUUUGGCUAGGUGAUCCUCAGGGUCCUUCCAGCUCUACAAAUCUACGAUUUGUUCAUUUGUUCUAUGAUUUGUAUGGAUUUCACCAGAAGUGAAGCUGCUCCUGAAGGUUUUCAGAAAGAGGCAGGUUCAUUUGUUUGUUUGUUUGUUUGCCUGUUUCAUGAAAUUCUGCUGCAGCUUCCUGCAAAUGUGGCUGUCUGUAAAUAUGAUAUCUGGAGUUACUAGCCAGUUCCUUCAAGCAUACUUAACACACCCAAAGAGCAGUGUUAACCAAGGAUCCAGGUUCUUUCGCAUACAGGAGUGGGCUUUUGUAGAAGAUCUGUGUGCCCUAAAUUUUCUUACUGGACUCUAUUAUGCACGAAAGGGGUCUGAGCCCAUUUGCAAGACCUCUGAAUGAACUCCAUUCAUUUGGUGUGCUUGGAAGUGGCCAUUCAGACACACAGAGACACAAUAGCUACAACCUAAUUUCCUUGGCACCGACACCAGCUUAUUAAAAGGGAAGAGUUUGUUAUGGAAAAAAAAGUGUAGUAGCUUUUCUAUGGUAGUUAUAUAAUUCAACAUUCCAUUAAUAUCUCCAUGGUGUAAUUAUAUAAGCACAUUCAUUUCCUUAGAUGUCUGUAGUGUGUUGGUUCUGGAUACUUCCUAACUUCCUUGGUAACAUUUAAAUACAGUUGUAGCAUGUAUCAUUAUAUAGAAAUACAAUUUGUGCAUUUUAAUAUGGAACACAUCCUGUCAGUGUUGAAUUUACUAUUUUCCUGGCAAUCAUUCUUAAGUUGUCAUUGCAAGUAGUCAUGAUAAAUAAUGACAUGAAGGCACAGUUGGCUAGAUUGUUCAGAAUGUAAUAAAAUAAAUUACCAAAAUGUAAGGCUAACCUGUACAAAUAUUUAAUUGCUUAGAAUGUAUCAUAUUGAUUGCCACUUCAGCACUUGAACGAGGGCUAUGACCUUAGUGUUGGAAUUCCAGGAAGGCAUGCUAGAAUAAAUAGUGUAAGGGUAGAAAAAUGGUAAGUAAUUAAAUCUAAGGACCAUGUAAUUAGGAAGCAACACUAUCCCAAGGAGGUCUCGGGCUAGCAAGGUCUCUCCUGCUAACUCCAGUGUUGAGGGUAGUUUUGUGUGCACAAUGGAUUCAAAGUGUAUGUGUGUGUUAUGGGUGGGACCAGUUGUGAAGUUGCUCCAUCCAUCUCUAUGGGGGAAGUUCCAAAGUCUGGGAGGAGCCACCAAGAAGACCCUGUUCCAUGGCCAUAUCAAACAUGUCUGUGAGGGUGGCGGGACUGAGAGAAGGGCCUUCCCCAAAGAUCUCAAAAAUCGGGCAAGUUUCCCUAAGGGGAUGUGGUUUUUCAAAUAGCUUGGACCUAAGCUGUUUAGGGCUUUAUAGGUCAUAACCACCACUUUAAAUAUUGUCCGGAAACGGACCAGUAGCCAGGGAGCUGUUGUAACAAGAGAGUUGUAUGCUCCCUUGCAUUUGUAUAUCUGUGCAUUUGUUUUAAGACGUUUAGGGAAGUUUUUAAUAUUUAAUUCUGUAUUGUUUUUAACACUCGAUUAGGAGCUGCCCAGAGUGUCUGGGGAAACUCAGCCAGAUGGACAGGGUAUAAAUAAUAAAUAAUAAUAAUAAUAAUAAUAAUUAUUACUAUUACUACACUGGUUAAAGGGAAGAAAACAAGUUUUUAAAAAGACAUAUGAGUAAACUAUCUAGUUGAGAUAUCUCAUUUGCCCUCACUGCAGUAUUUUACUUUUCAGCCUGUGGGAGGAGAGGGGAGAUUACUUAAUGAAAACUACAGAUGACUAAAAGCAUUGUUAAUACAGAGAAGGGUCAGGAAGCUAUACAGAGUGAACUAAACAAUCUCAGGAACUGGGGCAGUAGAACAAAAUGUACUAAGGUUAUGAGAACAAAAUUAACCCACGUGACCAUCUCUCUGGGCUCGUUCAAAUGGCAGAAAAUAUCUACAUGAUGGUGUAUGUGGAAAAUGAUCAUGGGGAGAAUGAUGUUUGAACUGGGCAGGGCACAUGGUGAGCAACCAGCCAUAGGCUCGAUUGUAGCUGCUGCUGGGAAGAAUGGAAGAGCCUUCACAGUAUGUGGUAUUUUUCUAUCACAUUCAAGGGUGCAAGAUUGCAUGGAGAAAUUCAGAAGCGCAUGCGCAAGUUUUAGCAUGAACUGAAAAAUAUAUAAGGCCCCACAGAACUAGCAUAUCAAAUGGGUGAGCUUGGAAACUUAGUGUAGAGUUGACUGAAGGCUGAGAGUUGAGUGGGCUCUUCCUCAAGUUGUUGUGCUGGUAGGCAGAUGGGCGGUAGGCAGGAAAAAACAGAUACUCAGAAAUUAUGAGAUAAACGCAGGCCCUGCUGUACCCGCAAGGGUACAUGUUCUUUAUCUUGCAGUCCACCUGCUAAUUGCUCUUCCGGCUAACCAUUUCCUCUCCUGUUGGCAUGUGUACUGUGCAAUAUGCUUGCAUAUUGUCACCUUACCACCAUGCAUCUAGGCUGCCAGGAACGUCAUUCCCUAUUCAGAACCCUUAAAAUCACUUGCAUUCUUGGGUUUGCAAACAAUGUUUUCCUGCUCUUAAGAACCAGAGAAUUGUAUGUGUUUUGCAAUCAAUGCUUUAUGUUUUAAAAAUACAAGUUUCUAGCUCUUAUGAUUGCAGAAGAGAGGUUCAAAAUGUCACAAUGACUUUCAGUUCCUUUUGUUUUUCCUUCCUUUGUUGACAGUUCUCAGCUGUUUGAAAACAUGAAUAAUGAAAAAAGCAUAAGUUUUGCAGAACUAACAAAAUGGACGCACAUCUGUGCAACAGAACUUGGAUUUUUGGAAGGCAGAAGAAAACCUUAAAAACAGCACAUGAGUUGAAUUGGAUACUUGCUACUAUAAUUUCAUUUGCACUGUUGUUGGAAAUGAAUUGACCGUGGCUCCUAGCCUGCCUGUGUGCUUGCCCGCUCCACUUUAGAGGCAUGGGGUAUGUGUAGGUUUUUCUGGUAAAAAAGGUGUAACCCUACCCUCACUAGUUUUCUCUGUGCACUAUAGAUAGAUUCUUUGAAUGAAACCAUGCCUUCCCACAACUUGCUCACACUUCUAAACUUUCUAGGUUUGUAGCGUUGUGGAAAACCAGACACUUUCAGUCUUUCUCAUAUUGGAGUGGUUCAUACAGGCAUGUUAAUCAUCAGGUGGUGAUUUGUGUGUGUAAAUGGAUUGUCCACAGGCCCAAAACUAUAGAUGGAACUGUCAUGUCCGUCCGUGCAGCCCUGUUCAGGGAAGUUUUUAAUGUGUGACAUUUUGAUAUAUUUUUAAUCUUUGUUGGAAGCCGCCCAGAGUGGCUGGCGAAACCCAGCCAGAUGGGCGGGCUACAAAUAAUAAAUUAUUAUUAUUAUUAUAAUGUCACCUCAUUGGAAUCUGUUGAAACACGCAGCUGCCAAUCAUCAACAGAUGAGCAAUUCAAAUGACUUUUGCCCAGCGCAUAUCACAAUUGCAGCAUAGUUUGCCACAGAGAAAGCAAACCGCAUGUUUCCUUCCUGCGUGGAAAGCAAAGGCCGGCAGAAGCCAUUGGGGAUGGGUUGAGUUUAUCUAUCAGAUCAGUCAAACUCAAAACUCUGUUGGAUCCCUUUCACACAAACGUCUCACAUGGAAAGGCACAUCACGGGGUAUGCCUUCUUAGCAGAAGCUGAGUUUUCAGUGUAGGAUGCAAAGAAAGUCAUACAUCAAUACUACUAGAUUUCAUCUAGUAAUGAGGCACCUUAGACCUGUUUUGACUGACAACAUUCCACACUGCAAGCACAAUCCAUGUAAAAUAAAUUAUUUCACACUUCCCAAUGAAACCUGGAAACCACAGACAGGAAGCUAGACAGCUUUCAUAGAGAAUCGUCAGUUCCCUUGCAAAAAUUGCAGGUUGUGAAGUGUGCUGUAACUUAACAGCGGUGGUGACAGAUGUGCCCAAAAUAAUGAAAUAUAGGAUUUUAUCCCUGGGUAUCAAUUUUUAACUUGAUCUGUUUUCAUUUUAUUUUCAUCUCACUUGUUAUAUGUUGCUUCCCAGCGAUGUGGGCUUUUCCAGAUUUUGUUGUGUUGGAAAAAAUUCUGGAAUUGAGGUAAUUGGCAUGGGGGGGGGGGGGAGAGGAAUCAGUGGCACCAGAAAAUCUUAUACGAGUGAUCUGGUUUUUCAUGUUUACAUUUACUUGCAUUUAGUAAACAAAGCUAAAAACUCUCAAACUGCCAGGCUUGCCUAACAGUUAUUUGCAGUUGGCCUCCUUUCAUUCUUGCUGAUGGACAUAUGCAAUGGAAGAUUUUCAGUGGGAAAAGAAAACACUGAAAAUACCCCACGUCACUGUUGCAGUCCUAUUUGAAAUACAAAAAAAGGAUUCAUAAAAUAAUGGAAAUUUUGCCUUUUGUGUUUUCAAGGAACAUCCCAUUAUGGUGGCUACUCCCAUGAUGCUGUGGUGUAUGCACUUCAGAAAUGUGGCAUUCGUCAUAUUGACACGGCAAAGAGAUAUGGCUGUGAAUCGCUCCUGCAGGAGGCCAUCAAGGAAAGUGGUGUAAAACGGGAGGAUCUCUGGAUAACUACCAAGCUCUGGCAUACAGACUAUGGCUACGAGAACGCUAAACAAGCCUGCUUAGAGUCCUGCAAGAGACUUGGUGUUGAGUAUCUAGGUAUGGCAUUUCUCCCCCUAAUUCUCUUUGCAGUAUCCUGUUAGGAAAUCUGGAUUAAUAUUUAGCACGUGCAUUGCUUGCCCGGCUGGUGUCCUUGCAGCAAAAUGCUUUUACCAAACCUCUUAUAUUAAACUUAGGCUUUUCAUCAUGGAGAUGUUUCUUAGUCAUGGAAAAGAGCUUAGGAGUGGGCUGUGGGAUCAUGCACUGGUUCUUCACAGCCUCUCAAAGCUAAUUCUUCAUGUGUCCCUUAACUGUAAAUAUGCUUGAGAAGCAUUAGUGAUAGGCAGUGCUAUUUUUCUAGGAAAAGAGGUGCUGAAACUCACCGUGAAUGCCUUCCUUGUUCUCUUAGAAUGGCAGUGGUGCCCACCUGAGAGGUGCCAGAAUGGUGUUCCAGUGAGUUCCAGCUGAAAAAAGCCCUGGUGAUGGGUAAGACUAACCUGAUUCCCACCUUAACCAGCUCUUGAAGACAGCUAAGUGGGGAACCCGCUUAGCCUUAACCAUUGUUGACAUCAAUGGUUGAGGCAGAAGGGAAGAAUUCAGUCUGGAGGAAUGUGUGUUGUGUGUCCAGUACCCAAUCCCUUUACCAUGGUUAAGAUAUUGCCCCGGUUACAUCAGCACUGGCUCCUAGUAAGAAAACUAGCAGUGUGUCAUGACCCAGAAUCCCGACACUUGUGUUUGUCUGCAAUGCUGUUGCAAUAGCUCUGCAGAACUAAGUUCACAAUGACACAGCACCUCCUCUUGUUACUUCCUUAAAUUUUGUUGCUGCUCUUUGAACACUUGCAUUUUGUUUGGGGGAUUUCUUCAAAGAUGCCUCAUCAUCUUUGGAUCUGCUGCUUCAGAAGUAUUUCCAUGCAAAAAUAUAUCCCCCCCACCCCGGAUGGCAGAGGUUGUCCUUGAGCCAGCUGCCCAAUAGAACCUUAAGGAGCAUGUGCCUUGAUACCUGGUUUAAAACAGAGGCAGCCAAUGUGAUGUGGCUUGACUGCAACUCCCAGUGCCCCUGACUAUUGGCCAUACUGGCUGGAGCUGAUUGGAGAUGUAGUCUAGCAACAUUUCUGCUUGCACUUUCCCAGUUAAGGAUGAGCUGGUUUCCUCCCAUCACCAUUGCUUCAGGAGAAGUUACAGAUGGCCACUUAACUUGUUCAUGAGUGUUUCAAAGUACAGUGUUCUUAAUUACUCUGUCCAACAAUUGUGACCUACCUGCCACAGUAAAACUGUUUUCUGCUGAUUUGCAGUUCACAUAAUCAUGUCCUCCAUAGUGGUUUUUAUACUACAGAAACUCUUCCUCUUUCACUCUGUGGGACUUGGUGCUGUUGCAUCCCAUGGUAGUUCAGAGUCAUCUCGAAAUAACUUGCCUUGCCAAUCUCCCAUCUCGGGCAACACAAGAGGCAAAAGCUACUGAGAAAUUCUCCCCAAGUCCCAUUAGGAUGAAUAGGAGCUGUAUAAAGAGAUGUUUAUCCUCACUCGCUGUGCAAUAUGAACUGUGACUUAUGCACCCCAAUGGCUUUGUAGAUAGUGAGGGGGUGCCACCUGCCCUUAGUUUGGAUGCAUGAGUGAGGUGCAUUAAGGCAUUACUUCAUGCAAGCUCAAAUAAGGUGCAUGAUAAGUAUUGAGGCACAGGGUGCCUUUAAAAAGCAGCUUCCCUCCCACUCAUAUUGUAGCCCACUUCAAGCUGGGCUGCAUUUUUUAAUGGGACUUUCAACUCGCCUUGCUUCCUCCCUUCCUGCUAGAUCCCUUCCACUCCUAUUCUUAUUUUGGGAAAUGGAGGAGAAGUAGUUGGCAGCAGAGGACUUGAGAAUGGAUUAGGAGUGCCUCUGCAGGGACUCUCCUUGGCAGCACAUGACACACGGUGCGCCUGAUUUCUGACUACAAACCACAUGAUCCUUGGCAGCCAAGGAGAGACUUCCAAGGCGGAGGACUUUCAGGGGCAAUUGGAGCAGGUGGGGGUAUCUGCAGAAAUUGGAUUAAAAACAAACAAACAAACAAACAAACAAACAAACAAACAAACAAACACCAAAUCUCCAAUCAUUUGAAUUGUAAGAUCUCAAGAAUUCAUUUGCUUACCUGUUAAUUAUCAUAAUGCACAAUCUACCAGGGGAUAAUUCCUGAGCUAAAACGAGUGUCCACUUCAGCAAAUUGGCAGCCUCCAGUUGUACAUUUGUGCAGAAACCUUUUGAUCUCGGUGGGGUUUGGAACUGGGAUCAUUUCCAAAUUGUUGGUACAAAAUGGCAGGCUGCACUAAGAUGUCUCCUGUCUAACAUUGAGCUGCUGUGACACCUGGGCCCAUGCUGACUUUUGCAGGUUUUCUCAUUUCCUGAUUUUGCAUUUGAGUUUUUCUAAAGAACUGUGACUGCAUGCAAAAGCCAUCUGCAGGUUUUGUGUCCAACUCACGACCAAUUACAGUGUCUUGUAUUUAGCUGUGGAACAGGGCUUUAACAGAUACAUUCCACUCAUUACAUUGUGUGUGUGUGUGUGUGUGUGUGUGUGGACUAUGAUUUUCACUUUUUCCGUAUAAGAGUUAUGUUCUGAUGGUGAGCAUCCUAACUGAAUCAAUAUGAAAUUGCAGAAAUAUAAAAUCUCUGGCUUUGGCUUUAGAGGCUGCAUACAUUGGGAUUUGUUUGGAAAGUUCAUUGCAGAUAACUCUCCAUCACUCUGACUAUGGUCAGUGCUUUGCUGAAUGUAUAAUCUGUUUUAUUCUCUCCCAUGUGUGUUUUGACUCACUUUCUGGUCUUUGUUAACAGCUUCCCUUUUACUCUGUUGGGAAUUCGGAUGGAAUUGCAAAUAUUAGUUCCACUCACAAGCAUGCUGGUGACUGCUAACGAUGCAAAGUCAGCCUUGCAUUUUGAAUGGAACUUUUUCUUCUAAGCUUUUACGACUCCCGGGAAACGCACAACAACAGAAAAUUAAUGAGAUGGCCAUUGACUUGCAAUAGCAGAAUUGGCUGUAUAUCAAAAUACCGUAUCAAAAUACUGUAUACAUUGAGAUGUGUUAGGUUAUUUUGUGUUUUUGGCAUUUGGUUCUGAUUUGCCACCAUGUAACAUUAAUUUGAUCGCCUGUAGUGAGCAGAAGAAGCGUGUCUGAAUAAUGUUGGCUUCCUUCUCACUUUUUGGUGCAUAGCUGUUGUGUUGGGCUAAAAGCUACAGUACUUGCACAGUGAAAUAGCAUUUUUAUUCUGCUGCAUAUAAUACUGAGUCCAGGAAACACUUGAAUCUUAAAGCUUAGUUUCAAAUAUAUAUAUAUAUUUUAAAAAACCACCCUGAAUGCUGGGGUUGAAAACAUGUAGAUAUGAUCCUUCUAAGGCUUGAUUUCAGUAGGAGAGGUAAACAUAAUUCCUACUGGGAUCAGUGGGACUUACAGUUCAAUCCGACGUGCAUUUACUUGGAAAUAAGUUCCACUGAGUUCAGUGGAUCAUAUUGCCACAUAUGCAUAAGUAUUGCAAAGUCGAGAAUUGCUUAACUUUGUAUAGAAUCAUGGUUUCCUUUUAAGGAUUUUGGUUGGUUUGUAUAUUUAUUUACUGUAUUUUUAUCCUGCUUUUCAGACAAUUAUUGCUCCGCAGAGGAUAACCCACCUUUCAGGCUUUCAAAAGUGGCUUGCAGUUGAAAUAAUACCUAAAAGGCAGCAUUAAGAAGAACAAACAGAACAACAUAGUGAACCCCAAAGGGCAACAAAAACAGCAUAUUAACCUGCAGCAGGACUCUUUUCAAAGCCUGUUCAUAGCAUAAAGCAGAAUUGAAAUUAUUAUUUUGGUCAGUGGUGCUAGAGCCAAUUCUCAGUUGACUUCCUGUACUCGGGUGUGCAUCCCUUAGCUGUCCCUUAGCUGCUGUCAAGUCUGAACAGUAGCUGCGUGCAUUUUUUUAAUGUGCUCCCCUUUUAUUUUAACAGUGGGUUCGCUUAUAUUUGAAUUAUUUCUAAAGAGGAGCGCGGACACAGAUAUCCACACCAUUCAUUCUUGAUGGAAUGUAUGCAUAUGUCAUAAUUGCUAGACAUAUGACAGGGCAAAAAGUCAAGAGAAGUGGCCCCUCCUUUUUUUUUAAAGACAAAAAAAUAUAUUUUUAAUGCUGUUUGCUGAGGUUGCACAUUAAGCCACUCCAAAUGAUGACUAAGCAUUUGCUCACACUACUGCAGUGUCAGCAGCAGAACAGGAUUCCAUUCACUCCUCAGCUCAGUCCAUCCAUUUGUGCAUGUGUCUUAUUGCUAUUAAAAGCAUGAUGGAACUCCUCCACCAGCUCUCAUGUGACUAAUGGGCUGUUUUUCCUGUCUGGCGGUAAAGGGGGUAUUAUGAACUUUGCCCAUAAGAAACAAUGCACUGAAAAUCUCUGGUCAUCUCAUUUGGGCCUCUGUGAUCACGUGGGUAGAGGACUAGAUUUGGACCUUGAGUUCACCUGUAAAUUGGGUAGGUGGCUUUGGUCAACCCUCAGACCUUCACCAGUGAAAAGAGAAAAAUAAUAACGAUUUGCUCAUAGCUGUUAGGGUGAGCAAGGUGUAAGACUUGUUAAACACUCUCCUAUUUAUUAAUUUGAAAAGCCAGUUCCCGACAUUCCAUAACACGCUCCUGAUGUUUUGCCAUGCAUUAGAAUCAUAGAAUCAUAGAGUUGGAAGAGACCACAAGGGCCAUCGAGUCCAACCCCCUGCCAAGCAGGAAACACCAUCAGAGCACUCCUGACAUAUGGUUGUCAAGCCUCUGCUUAAAGACCUCCAAAGAAGGAGACUCCACCACACUCCUUGGCAGCAAAUUCCACUGUCGAACAGCUCUUACUGUCAGGAAGUUCUUCCUAAUGUUUAGGUGGAAUCUUCUUUCUUGUAGUUUGGAUCCAUUGCUCCGUGUCCGCUUCUCUGGAGCAGCAGAAAACAACCUUUCUCCCUCCUCUAUGUGACAUCCUUUUAUAUAUUUGAACAUGGCUAUCAUAUCACCCCUUAACCCUUAACCUCUUCUUCUCCAGGCUAAACAUGCCCAGCUCCCUUAGCCGUUCCUCAUAAGGCAUCGUUUCCAGGCCUUUGACCAUUUUAGUUGCCCUCCUCUGGACACGUUCCAGUUUGUCAGUGUCCUUCUUGAACUAUGGUGCCCAGAACUGGACACAGUACUCCAGGUGAGGUCUGACCAGAGCAGAAUACAGUGGCACUAUUACUUCCCUUGAUCUAGAUACUAUACUCCUAUUGAUGCAGCCCAGAAUUGCAUUGGCUUUUUUAGCUGCCGUGUCACACUGUUGGCUCAUGUCAAGUUUGUGGUCAACCAAGACUCCUAGAUCCUUUUCACAUGUACUGCUCUCAAGCCAGGUGUCACCCAUCUUGUAUUUGUGCCUCUCAUUUUUUUGCCCAAGUGCAAUACUUUACAUUUCUCCCUGUUAAAAUUCAUCCUGUUUGUUUUUGCCCAGUUCUCUAAUCUGUCAAGGUCGUUUUGAAGUGUGAUCCUGUCCUCUGGGGUGUUAGCCACCCCUCCCAGUUUGGUGUCAUCUGCAAAUUUGAUCAGGAUGCCCUUGAGUCCAUCAUCCAAGUCGUUGAUAAAGAUGUUGAAUAAGACCGGGCCCAAGACAGAACCCUGUGGCACCCCACUAGUCACUCUUCUCCAGGAUGAAGAGGAACCAUUGAUGAGCACCCUUUGGGUUCGGCAUUAACAUGACCACGAAAUAGAUCCCAUGAUGGGGAUUUUAUUUAUUACAGUGGUGCCUCGCAAGACGAAAUUAAUCCGUUCCGCAAGAGUCUUCGUCUAGCGGUUUUUUCGUCUUGCGAAGCAAGCCCAUUGACGGAUUAGCGCUAUUAGCGCUAUCAGCUGUUUAGCGGCUAUUACAGGCUUAAAGGCUUAGGGGAUUAGCUGCUAAAAGGCUAUUAAAGGCUAUUAAAGGCUUAGCAGAUUAGAUAAAGGGGGAAAGCGAAAAAAAUCUCAAGACUCGCAAGGUAUUUUCGUCUUGCGAAGCAAGCCCAUAGGGGAAUUCGUCCUGCGAAGCAACUUCAAAACGGAAAACCCUUUCGUCUAGCGGUUUUUCCGUCUUGCGAGGCAUUCGUCUUGCGGGGCACCACUGUAAUUAUUUCAACUGUUUGUAUACUCCUUAAUCACAUCUGUCUCUAAGCAGUGUACAGAGUAUCCAAUACAAUAAGAUUAAAAUGUGUUAAAGCUGGGUUCAUGCUACAAAACGACUACAAAACUUUGGCACCAGCUGGGAGGUUAUCUUCAGUUUUGGGAUUCAUAGUUAAUGAAGCUCCCAAGAAGAUUCCCGGUUUGUUUUUUUCUACCAGGUAUUACAAGAAGAUGGGGAGGGAGGGGUUUAUAAGCAUGUUCAUCUUGGGACAUCCAAAGUUGUGUCGCUUUGUUGUAUAAAUACUGCACAAAUUAUGACAAUCUCUGGUGUGCCGGUGCCUGAAAGGACUUCUAAGGAACCCAACAAACUUAAUGCUUAAGAUACUCUCUGUUCUGCUGAGGUGAAGAGCCUCUUUGUACAGUAAUUGAGCAUGUGAUUUUUACUGCCAGUAUACUUCCCCUCACUUGUAUAUAUUUACCCUGCAAAAUGCAACUUGAAUGUAUGCACUGAAAGAACCAAUGACGACCAAGAUGCAGCUUGCAUGCAGAAUCGUGGAGGCACUGAUUCGAGGAAGGAUGAAAGCUCCACAUAUUGGAACAGGCCAGAGGUCUUGCAGUUCUCAGGGCUGCUAAGUCAUUCUGCUUGGGAUGUUGCAGUUUCUCAAGCUCAGCACAAAACUGCUUUUGUAUACUGCUUUUUGUCUGCGGAGUGGCUGUGUCUUUGAGCAACUAGGAAACUGGGCUUACCUGCAUAUUAAGGCUGCUUCACUGGAACUUUUGCACUGAAAUUGCAUUAAAACUAGCAGAGGUUGCACCAUUCGGUGUUUUGUACAGUGGUGCCUCGCAAGACGAAAUUAAUCCGUUCCGCGAGUCUCUUCGUUUUGCGGUUUUUCGUCUUGCGAAGCACGGCUAUUAGCGGUUAUUAGCGGCUUAGCGGCUAUUAACGGCUUAGCGGCUAUUAACGGCUUAGCGGCUUUAAGAAAAAGGAAACAAACUCGCAAGAACUCACAAGACGUUUCGUCUUGCGAAGCAAGCCCAUAGGGAAAUUCGUCUUGCGGAACGACUCAAAAAACGGAAAACUCUUUCGUCUAGCGAGUUUUUCGUCUUGCGAGGCAUUCGUCUUGCAGGGCACCACUGUACUAGUGGUUCACAGGUGGAGACUGCAACUCCCCAAUUCAGCAGCUGAUUUACUUUUUCAUUGGGAGCUUUAUGGUUCUUUAAAAUAAGUUUGGUGUGAUUUGUUCAUGAAAAGCAACAUUGGAUUUUCUUUCUUUUUUCUUUUUAGAUCUUUACUUGGUGCAUUGGCCUGACACGCACAUCCCCGGUAAAAGCAAUCGAGAAGUCAGAGCAGAGACCUGGCGAGCCAUGGAAGAGUUGUAUGAGAAAGGUGGGGUGACUUUGAUAGUUGCUGCUGAUUUUUUUCACAGUUGCAAAAGUGCAGAGAGUGUUACUGUUGGGAUAUCAUGACACAUAGAGGGGCAUUUUCACCAUCUUUUCCUCUCGGGAUAUACCGUAUUUUUCGCCCCAUAGGGGGCACUGCCCCAUAGGACGCACCUGGGUUUUUUGGGGGGGAAAUAAAGAAAAAAAAAAUUAUUUCCCCCCCCAGGCGCGGGGCUGGCGCGGGGGAAGCCCGAGCUUCCCCCGACCCCAGCCCCCAGAACAGCCUGCUAUCCGCAAGCCUAGGGAGCCCGGCGCGAAGUCGCGCCGGUCUCCCCAGGCUUGCGGAGAGGUGCGCGAAGCCCGAGCACGCUCUUCAGCGCGUCCCAGGCUUCGGAAUGCAGGCAGCUCCGCGCAGCAGUCGAGAGCCCAGCGCCGGGCUCCGGAGGGCUGCGCGGAGCUGUGCGAAGCCUGGGGCUGCAGGCACCUCCGCGCAGCCGUCGGGAGCCCAGCACGACUUUGCGCCGGGCUCCGGAUCGGUGCGCGGAGCUGCGCGAAGCCCGGAGCGACCCCUCUCGCUCUCCAGGCUUCAGCGAAAGCCUGCAUUCGCCCCAUAGGACGCACACACAUUUCCCCUUCAUUUUUGGAGGGGAAAAAGUGCGUCCUAUAGGGCAAAAAAUAUGGUAUCUUAGGGCAAUCUGAUGCAUAGCUGUCAAUGUUUUCCUUUUUUUAAGGGAAAUUCCCUUAUUCCGAAUAGGAUUCCUCGCAAGAAAAGGGAAAAGUUGACAGCUAUGAUCUGAUGUCAUUCAUACCAGGCCUCGGAAGUGUCACAGAACAGUGCUCCACUCUGGAGUUUUGUUACCCUUUCCCUGCAAUGCUUUUUAAACAUCUGAACAUUUAGCAAUCCUGAUGUACUUUGCUCCUUUCUUGGUCCAGUGAAGAAGAGGCCUAAAGAUGGUCUUUUCAGAAUAGGCCUCUAUAAGAUGGGGAUGGUGGGAAAGAGAAGCAGCGUCGCUGUCCGGAGCUCUCUGGAAAUGUCCAGUGGGGAGAAGGAGUGGGAAGAGAUUGGGGAUCGGAGGUGUCUGAUGUGGGACAGGCCCAACAAAGAGGGAAGUCGUGAGCAGGACCCAUUGAAGGACUCUGACCCUGGAGUGGGACACAGCAGAUUGGGAGGUGGUGACCUAGAGCCGAGGGGAAGGACCAAGUGGGUUAUCAAGAGAACAGCCCACCUCAGUGUCAUUGGAUACCCCAAGUCUAGAGCCAUAAAUAAAUCAUAACACAGUGUAAUAUGUAAUUUGUUGUUGUUCAUCUGAGGUUGUACAGUGGUACCUUGAGUUACAUAUGCUUCAGGUUACACACUCCGCUAACCCAGAAAUAGUGCUUCAGGUUAAGAAUUUAGCUUCAGGAUAAGAACAGAAAUCGUGCUCCGGCUGCGCGGCGGCAGCAGGAGGCCCCGUUAGCUAAAGUGGUGCUUCAGAUUAAGAACAGUUUCAGGUUAAGAACGGACCUCCGGAACGCAUUAAGUACUUAACCUGAGGUACCACUGUAUUUACCUAAUUUUAAGACCUGCCAAGGAACAGAGGUUUGUUAUUAUGUCUUCAUAUGUAAAAACACAGAAUUCAAAGAGGGUGUUCUUUCUUUUUCCUAUGACUGUAAUCGGGAAGAGGAGGGACAACCUCAAGAAACGUUUUCCUAAACACCAGAGUCUUGUCGUUGUUUUCAAAUGGAAUUGAAUGCCAAAAAAAGGCUAGGCCGCUGAACUGAAGUAGCUUUGUGUCAUGGCAUCAAACCUAAGUAGUCUUGUUACAGUGGGUUUGUGGGUCUGGUUGCAGAUUCUCAGAGCCUUACCAAUACUGUUCAAAGCUGAUACUAAUUGGGACCAAGGAGCGCUUGUGGUGAUGGUGGGGAUAUUAUUGGUGUAACAAUUUUCUGUUGGUGGUUUGGGGCAAGGGUUUUAGUUGACUGCCUGAAUGAGGAAUUGAAACUUGAUUCUCUCUCUCUCCCUCACCCCCACCCCCAGGUUAAUUAACUUACAAAGCAUCUCUUUGGGAGAUUUUUGAACUGAAUCUCUCCCUCCCCCCCAAACUCGUGCCCCUCUUCUCUACUGUUUCCUUCAUCAUGUGCAUUAAUUUAACUUGGCUGUUUAUCUGCACCUAGGCCGAGCGAAAUGUCAGGAAUUAAAACUGUAUGUUAGGCACAUCCUCGAUUUAUCACCCCUGCAUGAAACUUCAUUACAGAACCUAUGGAUGCCGAACACAAUUUCCACCCUAAGCGACAUUAUUUAAAUUAACGUCACGUAAAUCUCAUUGCAAUUAAAGUAGCCUUUCUGUCCUGAGUCUUUUGUUAUCUGGUCCAUCGGCUCCUGCAUCCCACAAAUCACCCCUUUUCUGCCUCAAGCAAUGCAGAAAUUUUGAACCUCUGGCCAUGUGUUUCUGAAGUGAUAUGCAAAUGUUAAUAAAUUUGGAGGUUUAUAGGCAGUACCCCAUGAGGGAAGAAAUGAUUAAAUAAUUUGCUUGCAUGGUUAACCACUAAAGUUUCAGUUGACACUCAGAUAAUGCUUAAUCAUCCCUUUUGACUUAUGGUCCUGGCCUGGAGUUUAGAAGCAGUUUUUAAAAAUAGGAUUGUUCCUUCUAAUUGUUCACUUAUUUUCCUCAUCUGAGUGCUUGUGUAGCACUAUGACCAAGCUUACAUUCUAAACUUACUUACACCGGAGUAUGUCCUCUUUGACUUACAGUAGAACAACUUAUGUGUACAGAUGCACAGGAUUGUGCUGUAAGAAGAUUAGCUGGGAAGAACUUAUUUCAAGUCUCGCCCCAGCUGUAGACUCACUUGGUGAGCCAUACUGUCCAAACAACCAACCUCAUGCAGGCCCAGUUAUAUCCCUAUUUUAUUCAGUACCUCAAACAAGGAUUCAAACCUUUUUCACUGACCCUUUGAAAGCAUACUGUAGAAGUGUGAACAAUUAGCAAAAUUAAAACAUGUGGAGUUAUUAAAAAGAACACUGGAAGAGGAGGCAUUUGAUCAGGAGCAAAAAUUACAAGACUGAGUGAAAGCAAUGAAAUGCAUUUAUUAAAUCUGCUUGUUCCCGCUUUCUAGGUUUUUUAUUUUAUUUUUAAAAAAGACAGUAAUAAUCAACCACUAUGGUUUAUUACACAGUUGUUGUAGGAGUUUAUUUUGAUUGUCACAAAAACUGUGUUCUAAGCGUACAUUGUUUUAUUUAAAGGGUUUUCCAUUUGUUUAUGCUUGAAAAGAAUGGGGCAUUCCAAGAACAGAAUGAGAAUGUGACUUAAGAGCCAUAAAAGUUAAUGGGAAUGUUCUCUAUAAAAGCUGCAAUUCAAGCUAUUUAUAAGCGUCUCCCCAUGCGCCUGCCUGCUUGAGAAAUUAGGGAAGAUGGUCUUUGAUAGCUUCUGAAGUUUUGGGAUUUGUAAUUUAAGCAAUCGUUUAACCUUGGCGUGUAACAGCAGUGGCAGGAAGGAGGCAAACAGGGGGAGGGACUUUAACCUCCCUCCACUCUGGUGUCCUUAUAGCUAAGGAGCCUUUCUUGGACCAUCAAGUCUGGUGAGUGGCCCAAACAUGAACUUCCCUGCCUGCCCCUCAACCUCAAAAAGGUACCAUUGGUACCUUUUGAGUACAGUGGAACCUCGGGUUGCAAACAUGAUCCGUGCGGGAGGCACGUUCGCAACCCGCAGCGUUCGCAACCCACAGCGCUGCGUCUGAGCACACGCGUGACGCGAUUUAGUGUUUCUGCGCAUGCGUGAGCGCCAAAACCUGGAAGUAACCCAUUCCGGUACUUCCUGGUUCGGCGCGGUCCAUAACCCGAAAACACGCAACCCGCAGCCUUCACAACCCGAGGUAUGACUGUACUGUACUCUCAGGGUUGGGCUACAAACCCACAGCCGCUGUUGGAGCUGCUCACUGUUGAUGGGUUGUUGCAGAGAGAAGAACAGCAGGAAUAUAAUCCAAAGGUUGUCCUAUGGAUGUGGCUGCUGGGUUCUGUUAAUUGAUUUUGUGGAUUCUGACUAUUUAAACAGGCCUGCACAUUUGCUGGAAGAUUGGGCUGUAAAUACCCGCAAUAAACAGCAACAACUUGCGCUUUAAUUUCUCGGCCGCUGUUGGGCGAGGGCGGUUUGGUAUGGAAAGAGUUUCCUUGAGGUUCAGGCUUGUGAGAUAGGCCAGUUUACUUGAGUUGUCCUGUGUCCCCAUUGUGGACAGGGCUGGGGUGGGGCGAAGUUUCAUUUGAUGGAUGUCCCAUUUCCUCUUCUGGGUGAGGAGGGCAAGGGACUGGCAGGGGAGGCUGCAGAUGCUCAUAAAAAAAUUGAUUUGAGCAGCCCAAAUUAUUUUGGAAUUGAGCAAUGGAUGCUCGCUCAUUCCUGUGAGGGAGCAGGGGCUUUUUUUUGGCCACAGGACUAACUUUUGAAUUCCUUUCGCCUUUUUUUUUUUUUUAAGUAACAUUACAAUAGAGAUUCAUGUAGGUCAGAGCUUCCUCCUGUGGUUGGAGGUGGUUUAUGAGUGAUAUCCGCUGCACCACACCCUGUUUGAUCAGAUAAGGGAUGCUGUAUGAUGGUAUCUCUUCAAGAAAACAAACUCAAGUCUCACGUGGCAUUCAUUUAAACAGUAAUGAUUUGCAAAGUAGCUUUUAAGAAGCAUGACAUGAAGCUACACAUUUUUGUAAGCAAAGAUGCAGGCAAUUAAUUAAAAGAUUUCUGCACAACUUUUCAGUGUGAAUUGUCCAAUUGGCACCUUUUACAAUAAUGGAUUUUUUUUAAAAAAAUACUUUUUAUUUUUUUAAAAACAAGUUCUCUAUACGGUAGACAUCUCAUUUCCUUCAACUGAUUGCUUGUAUAAUCUCUCCCUUUCUACAGGAGUUAUGCCGCUGCCUAAUGUGAAAUAUCUCAUAGUGUAUACACUACACUACACUACACUACACUACACUACACUAUCAUCGUAGUAAACCUAGGAAAAAGUUCACUUUGCACUCUUGAUUCUCCCUUUGCAGGCAAAAUUCAACACUUUCUCACUUUGGUGACUUUUUCUGUUGCCAUGCAGAACCCCUCUUUCUGCUGGAAGUUUCCUUAUGCAGUCCCACAAAUUGAAAUCCUGUGACAAGUUUGAAUUGCAUGACUUCUUGUGUGACAUGAAUGUUUACAGUUGCAUACAAUGCAGAAAUUUGCCCAGUGUACAUACACACACACACACACACACACACACACACAAUCCCCAUCUCAGGAAAGGCUACACCUGUUGAAUGCCUGCCUAUUCUUCAUUUUGAUACAGAGCCUGUGCCAGGAGAAAAGUGAUGACUCAAAAUUCAAAGCUUGUUUCUGCGGCAUGUUUUGCUUUGGCCUGCGAUGAGGGAGGCAUCAUCGCCUAAGGAAAUUGUUAAGAGCUAGUAAAAGUUCUAAAAAGUGUUUUGAUGUCUGAACUUAGUACAGUUAAGGCUUGAAAGCCUUGAUAAAAGCACCCAUGUCAGUGUUCGAGAGAGAUAAGGCAAGCUAUUGUAAUCAAACAAAGCUCGGGUGCUGAGACCAUUUAUUUACUUAUUUCUUUGCUGGUAAGAGAUCAGCUUGUCCAUCUUACUCUGAAGGUCCCCUCCUCCUUUUUCUUUUUAAUCUUCACAUGGAGUUUGUUUUGAAGCUUUUUCUGGCAAGAAAAUGCAGUGUGGCAGCGUUCAAAGUCUUCAGCCUCAUUUCCUGCAGGGCUGACCCAAGGAGGUGGGUGAGGUCAGGCAAUUUGGUGGACUCCCAAACUCAUCCCAGUGGAGCUGCCUUUCCUACUUGUCGUGGAACACCCUGGAAAUUUGGGUGCAGUCUGGGGGAAAUUGUGAUUUGCACGCUCCCACCUCUUCCAAGAGGCCUGCAGAGUGUGUCCUGACUGAGAAACCCCCAAAUUAGUUACUUAACAAAUCUGAUUUCUUGAAAUGGCAUGUGGCCAGCAGGGGGAACAUCAUGGGAGGUCUGUUUCCAGAUUUACUGCCCCUUGUGAUUGGAAGCCUUGCAAGUUGCUCCAGGAAAGGGACCGUGAGCAACAUCAGGGGAGGGGAGCUCUUGGGACCAAGGUGAAACCAUAAAUUAUUUUUAGUUUUUUGUUAUUUUUGUUAUUGGAUGCUGGGUGUUGUUUGUGUAGUUUAUGUAAUCUUGUUAUACUGUACUUAACAGUUCUGAAAUGUUUCUUUGUAUGUUAUAAUAUUUGCUACUGUGAUUUGCUAUGUCAUUAGUAAAUUCUUUUUGCAGUUGGUUUUCAGAUGUAUUGUUGUAAGCCGCUUUGAGCGUUUGGGGGGUGUAGAAAAGCAACAUAAAAAAAAAGAAUGAAUGAAUGAAUGUCCACUAGCUUGGGGUUAACCUCCGCCGCCCCUUUGGAUUUUUUUGAACAUGAGCAAAAUACAGUGGACACUCGGGUUGCAAACAUGAUCCGUGCGGGAUGCACGUUCGCAGCCCGCAACAUCUGCAACCCACAGCGGCACAUCUGUGCAUGUUUGGGUUGCAAUUUGGCGUGUCUGCGUAUGCGCAAAGCGCGAUUUAGUGCUGCGCAUGCGUGACUGCCAAAACCCAGAAGCAACCCAUUCCGGUACUUCCGGGUUUUGCGGUCCGCAACCCGAAAAAACACAGCGUCUGUAACCCAAGGUAUGACUCUAUAUGCAUGUUGGAUCUAGCUCCACAUAUUUUUUGAAGUUUUUCACCUUUGUCUAAAUGGGCUACCUUGGAAGGUGGUGGAGUCUCCGUCAUUGGAGCUUUUUAGGCAGAGGUCAGGUGGCCAUCUGUCAUGGAUGCAUUGCAGGGCGUUGGACCAGAUGCCCUGCGGGGUCCUUUCCAACUCUACAAUGCUGAGUUCAUGAGCCCUAGAACUGUCAGCAAGCUUCAUGGCUCAGUGGGGAUUUGAAAGAUAGGCCCAAGCUUCAGUUGAUUAUUUUUAAUACCAUUCUUCCAUCUCAGACAAUUAUGAUGUUGGCUCGAGAGCGUCUUUAACAUAAGUCUGUCAGUCACUAGAGUUUCCAGAUUGCAGCCAAAAUAUUGCAGCCUGCCUGCAACUGCGUACCUGAUACAGCCUGUCCUUCUCUCCCUGGUCCCCUUCCCUAUCUUCUUUUUCUGGCCCUCUGGAGCAAGCAGGACUCUCCUUCUGCCCUGCAGCGGGUCAGAGUGGGUGAUGGGAUGGGGAAAAGAGCAAGGUGGAAGAAUCCAUGUCUGCAUCUCUUUCAUGCCUGUGAGGCAAUUUGAACAAUCAGAAGAGCAAUUGAGAGCAUGCCCCAGCAGCCCAAUCCGUCCCAAGAAUUUGCUUGAAACUGUUUUUAAUUUUGUGCAUUUAAAUUACUAUAACAUGACCUGGGACCCUAUUGUGAUGGGUGGGUAUUAUUAUUAGUAUUUAGUAAAGCUAGUCAUAAAAGUUGCCAAAGGCUAUUCUCUAAAAGGCUGUUUUGAGAUGUGAAACACAGCAGCACGUGUACGUUUCAACUUCCUCUUUGACAGAAAAGGAAGCUGAUUUGGUAUUUUGAAAAACAGAUUGAGUAAACGGCCGUCAAAUGAUGGAAUGACUGCAUUUAUAUACCUCCUUCCUGCCAUGGUACCUAUGGCCGUUUACAGUUUUUACAACAAAUGGUCCAAAAUGCACCAACAGAGUUCUCUGAGCUGAUAGUUGUGUCUGGAACUGAUGGUAUGUGCUCUCUGGCCUAGGCUUCCUCACUUCUGCUUUUCUUCAGGCCACACAGGUAUAUUUUAGGCUGCCCCAACAGUUCUCAGACGCAUUUAAUGGUAUGCGCUCCCUGGCUUGCACUUCCUCACCGGCCCUGUUACUGCUUCGCUGAAACCAAGUCCACCCAAAAGUAAAAAGGUAAAGGGACCCCUGACCAUUAGGUCCAGUCGCGGCCGACUCUGGGGGUGUGGCGCUCAUUUCGCUUUAUUGGCUGAGGGAGCCGGCGUACAGCUUCUGGGUCAUGUAGCCAGCAUGAUUAAGCCACUUCUGGCGAACCAGAGCAGCGCACGGAAACGCCGUUUACCUUCCCGCCGGAGCGGUACCUAUUUAUCUACUUGCACUUUGAUGUGCUUUCGAACUGCUAGGUUGGCAGGAGCAGGGACCGAGCAACGGGAGCUCACCCCGUCGAAAGUACAUAAGUUCUAAACCACUGAAUGUUACAGAAUGCUGGUGUGCUGAUAAUCCAUCAGUGAUACUGUUACACACGUGAUGACCAUUUUGCACAUUUCCUGGCCCACUCAUGUGUUGACGGAGCACGCAAAAGCCCUGUCCCGUUCUGCCCUGCCCUCUUUCUGUCCCCCUGUUCUGCCCCUGUUCUGCCCUCUUCCGGCUCCGAAAGGACUUGGGUGUUGGCGGUCACACAUCAAUUGGAUGUGCACAGAAUGGUCACUGCCUGCACUCUCCUCGCUUUCCUGGUUGGUUCCAGACGUAGUAGCAAUGGAAACGUGCUGUGUCUUCGAUAUUCCUUUAGUUAUAAGUAUAACAUAAAUGGACGCAGAGACAUAGCUUCAAGUUGCAGAACUGCUAACCCAUAUCAAAUCCACGGGGAAAAAUAUUGCAGUCUCUUGCCACCAGCCUGCCCAUUGUGUACUAACAGCAACGCUGCAGUUUCUCGCACGCAGUUCUUAAGCACUCAACUUAAAAAAAAAAAGUUUUUAUUUAUACUCACCAGGCUUAUACAUUUCACUAGUUUUACAAUCAUUUUCACAUUUCAAAGUUUGACUUCCUUCCCCCCUUUUGCAGUUCCUUAAAUUAAUUUUUAAAAAUACUUUCUGCAUAUGCAAAUUCAUUUAAUCUGCUCAUUUAAUUAUCUAAAUAUAUACUUUUAUGAAACUGCAGGUUUUUAAGUAAUCCUGCCAACAUUUUUAUCCGUUUGCAAUUUGUCUGUAAAUAUUCAAUAAACCAUUUCCAUUCUUUUAUGAAAAGUUUGUUAUGUUGAUUUCUUAAUUCUUCCAAUAAGUUUUGCACAUUUCUGCAUAUUUCAUAAGUUUUUGUAUCUGUUCUUCCUUUGCUGGGUCUUCUGCUUCUUUCCAUUUUGGAGCGAGUAACCUUCUUACCGCUGUAGUCGCAUAAAAAUGAAUAAACCAGAAACUUUUCAUUUGGGAAUUAUAGGGACAGAACUACCAGAAUUGUAUAGAAAUUUAAGCGCUCAUCUUGUGCCCAUCCCUGCCAGUUCAGGGGACCAUCCACAGCCAUCAGAAGAACAUUAACAUUAUUUUGUCAAAUCACCGACUUCAGGCACUUUCAAACAAAACCAUUGUGAUAAAUCCAUUAACGGCAACCUCAUAACAAAGCACAAUCAGUCUCUGUUAAUAGAGUGAUCCUGCAGGGAUAUUUUUGAAGUCCCAAAUAAAUCACUCCAAAGGUGGCCUGAAGUUGUAUAUUCAAUACUUGACUUGCACGUAUAUUGAUGUAACUCCAAUUUCAUAGUCUCCGCUGUUGGAAAACUCUGCAGGAAGCCGGUCAUAUUUGGAAAGAGGCUGCUUAAUUGCCCCCCUUUCCCCAAGAAUAAUACCCAUUAAAUCAAAUAAGAAAUGAGUAGGUGAACAUAAAUCGUCAUGUAAACCUAAUUAAUUUGUAAGACCUGCAUAUUAUCCUCCUUUGAUAUAUCAGUAUGCAGUGCUUUCCCCCCUUGAACAUAGAGCUUCUCAACUUUGAUGAUAAAGUAUUUUGUUUUCCUGAUAAAAGAUGGAUUAUGUACUACAAACCUCAUAAAAAUGAAUCUAAAUUAAGCUCUUAAAAACAACACCUUAAUAUUUAAAUAGAGGUUCCAAAUAGAUCCUCAGCUCCAAAUGACUGAUCUCCCUGAUAGUAGACAGCUAGGUACUUGUAUUUUUGGAAGCAUAGAAAUCAUCAGUAUUCUUGGAUACUUGCUAAAAAGAAAAUUACCGUAUUUUUCGCUCUAUAAGACGCACCAGACCACAAUACACACCUAGUUUUUGGAGGAGGAAAACAAGGAAAAAAAUAUUCUGAAUCUCAGAAGCCAGAACAGCAAGAGGGAUCGCUGCACAGUUAAAGCAGCAAUCCCUCUUGCUGUUCUGGCUGCUGUGAUAGCUAAACAGCCUGCAUUCGCUCCAUAAGACGCACACACGUUUCCCCUUACUUUUUAGGAGGGAAAAAGUGAGUCUUAUAGAGCAAAAAAUACGGUAGUUGUUUUUAUUAGACAUUACCAAGUCUUCUCUAACACAAAUGAAUCAAAAUCUCCUUAGUAGGACCACUGUUAUAUAGGUACAUAUGAAAUACAGUGGUGCCUCGCAAGACGAAAUUAAUUCGUUCCGUGAAUUUUUUCGUCUAGCGAAUUUUUCGUCUUGCGAAGCACGAAAUCCCAUAGGAAUGCAUUGAAAAUCAAUUAAUGCGUUCCUAUGGUCAAAAAAGUCCAAACAAAGCCAAAUUUGGUACAACAAGAGUUUAUUAAGUGCUCUUUAAAGUCACACAUACUGUAAAGAGCAUUUCAAAAUUCAAACCCAGAAUUUUUUUAAAAAACAGCAGAGUUGCCCAAUGGUCACAGAAAAUCAUAAAAAUGCAGGGAAAAAACCAAGCUUCCAGAUUCUUGUAAACCCCUCCCCAACUGUUCCCCCAGCCACCCAGCACACAGAAAUUCAAAUCCAGAAUUUUUUUUUAAAAAACAGCAGAGUGGCCAAAUGGUCACAGAAAAUCAUAAAAAUGCAGAAAAAAAACCACAAGCUUCCAGAUUCUUGCCAAACCCUCCCCAACUGUUCCCCCAGCCACCCAGCACACAGAAAUUCAAAUCCAGAAUUUUUUUUAAAAAACAGCAGAGUGGCCCAAUGGUCACAGAAAAUCAUAAAAAUGCAGAAAAAAACCACACAAGCUUCCAGAUUCUUGCAAACCCCUCCCCAACACCAAGUCCUUGAAUUCCAAACACCCCAACCCAAAAUCCAAACCCCCCAAAAAAGUUUUAAAAGCUUAACAUACCAAAUGGCUGCAAAAGAAGUUUUGGAAAAGCUUCAAAAAUCACCAAAGUCUUUAAAAACCUCACAAAUGGGCUACUAUGUACACUGCGGGCUAGGAGUUGCUCCUCGAAGUCAAGUCGCAACUGGAUUAACGGUGUGACGCAAAAGGUAACAAACUUGCAAGACGUUUUCGUCUUGCGAAGCAAGCCCAUAGGGAAAUUCGUCUUGCGAAGCAGCUCAAAAACGGAAAACCCUUUCGUCUAGCGAGUUUUCCGUCUUGCGAGGCAUUCGUCUUGCGGGGCACCACUGUAUUAUCACUGAGUUGUUUCACAACAGCAGCUUUGUCUAAAAUGUUGAUGGGAGCAAUUCUAAGGACUGUGAAUGAACUAGAACAGGGUGAUAUUGACACAAUUUAUCCAGAAAGAAACAGUUGGCUUCACAAUAGAUCAGGGUUUUCCAGACUUGAGUCGCCAGCUGGUUUUGGACUACAAUUCCCAUAAACCCUGACCAUUGGUCCUGCUAGCUAGGGAUUAUGGGAGUUGUAGUUGUCAAAAUCAGAUGGGGACCCAAGUUUGGGAAACCCUGCAAUAGAUUAUCUCUGCAUGCCUGCAUACAUGAAGAUUGCACAUGCAUGGGCUCUAUGCAUAGUCAGGAUUCGACAUCAGCAUUUGAAGCUGUUAAUGCAGUCGGUUUGGUGUUAACCAUGUUUAAAGUUGUUCCCAACACAAUCAUUAACCGUGGAUAAGGCUGACAUUGGUUGCGGGUGACACAGGCAACUCUAGGACCUACAUCAAAUGCCUUAAAUGUGUUUCUGUACCAAUGCACCCUUGCUAUUUCCAUCUUGAUCUUCCUCCUUUCUUCCUGCCCUGAUUUUCUUUGUGCAUUUGGCUAACUUGGUAACUUGUUCUUAUGUCACACUGGGGUUUUGAAGAUUCAGCCCAAAUAAAUGUGGCCUGGAGGGGGAGAUGCAGUAUCCAUCAACCAUUUCCCCCAUCCAAUUCCCAUUCAAGUUUUUUCAUGUGAUACCAUAAUUGUGAGGGAUGGUGUAAGGAAAUUAAAAUCUUUCCGCAAGCUGUGAAACCCAUCUGGGUUGGUAGAGCAUGAGAUUCUCAAUUUCACAGUCGUGGGUUCAAGCCUCAUGUCGGGCAAAUAUUCCUGCAUUUCAGGGGGUUGGACUAGAUGACCCUUAUGGCCCCUUCCAACUCUACGCUUCCAUGAAACCAGUCCUGUGCCCACACUGAGCACUACAAACCUCAUUUUGCUUGGGUCUGGGGAGGCUUGAACCAGUUGCAUUCUUGACAUAAUGGAAAGCAAACUUGGGAAACCCAGCUUGAAACCAAACAAAUGAGAAACUAGCGGCUUAAAAAAGGAUGGAGAUGUAACUAUUAUCUUUCAUUAAGAAACCUGAAACUAAAAUGAGCAGACCACUGAAAAAUAAUCUGCUUUGGGGAAUUAAACUCUGAUCUUAGAGCAGGACAGUGAUCUACCAGCAACCCACACUUUAAAAUACAUUUUAAAGAUUUUCAAUACAAAGUGGAACAUCUUUGCCCCAUUCCCUUUCAUAUUACAAUUGGAAGUAAUGUUUUGUUCCAGGCUUCUUUUGAAAUAUUGAUUUAUUAGUUGUGUGGACCAUGGUGAAUCUAUUUACUUGUUUUCUCUUCCGCCAUAGGCCUCAACUCUGGGAGCUUGACCUGCUCUCGCAGAUUAAAUUCAAAUUAUGCAAACUGCUGCGUCGUGGGUUGUAACCCAAUUAACAGGACACAUAUUGAGCACAUGAUCGUUAGUUUAAAUGAAAGUUGUCAAACAGCCCGGUGCUCAAGAUUAACGGGUCUACUUUCCAAAUGCCUUUUGGAAGCCAAGAAUUAGGACAUCUCCAUCUCCCCCCGGGUUUUGUACAGCAUUGUCUUUCAGCCUGCCCUUCGCUUGGCUCUUUGUGUUGCUGGGACCGAAGCGAAAUUAAGUCUCACUUUAGAUUAUAAGCUCCUCUGGGUAGGAACCUGUAAAGGACAGUUUAAUUAAAAGUGCUGAUAUUAACACAACUGUGUAAAAAGCCACAUUGCAAAGAUUUCCUUUGCUAUCUAUUAAAAUACUAAUUUUUAGAAGCUGGAGUACCAUUGACGGCAUGCAGUUGUGUCUAAACUAAGGAUCACAAGUGCACAUUGGCAGGUGAAGUUUCUGAAUUUCUAAACACUUGAAAAAAUACCAGCAAAUGUUGACGUGUAUGAGGUUUUUUGUCAUUUGUCAUUGUGUAUGAGGUUUUUUGUCAUUUGUCAGCAUAUGUCUGACAACAGAGGUGUAGUGGAUGCUGUGCAAUAGGCAGUGAGGGUCCAUAUAUAACAUGCAGAACUAGGGCUGGGUGAUAUUAGCUUUUCAACGUUGUGAUGUAUCACCAGUGUAUAGCGAUACACUGCAGUGUUGGAAAGGAAGCAGCACCAACCGUGUAGGGUGCCGGGGCGAAACCGCCGCAGUUCCCUCCAGCGUGUGGUGCAUGGAGGGAGGAGCAAGGAGCAUCAGCCCCGGCUCUGCGAGGUGCUGGGGUGACACUGCUGCCACUCCCACUGCCACCAGCGCCCGUCGCAGGGAGGAACGAGGCAGCUGGAGAAGGAAGGUUAGGCGCUGGGCAGCAGGCAAGCACCACCCAUGAUAUACCGCAGGGUGAAGGCACCAUUGUGCUCUGGCCCUCAAACUGGUCCUGGAUGAUGAUGAUGAUGAUGAUGAUGAUAAUAAUAAUAAUAAUAAUAAUAAUAAUAAUAAUUUAUUUCUACCCCGCCCAUCUGGCUGAGUUUCCCCAGCCGCUCUGGGCGGCUUCCAAUCAAGUGUUAAAAACAAUACAGCAUUAAAUAUUAAAAACUUCCCUAAUUAGGGCUGCCUUCAGAUGUCUUUUAAAAAGAAGAUAGCUGCUUAUUUCCUUCACAUCUGAAGGAAGGGCGUUCCACAGGGUGGGCGCCACUACCGAGAAGGCCCUCUGUCUGGUUCCCUGUAACCUCACUUCUCGCAAUGAGGGAACCGCCAGAAGGCCCUUGGAGCUGGACCUCAGUGUCCGGGCAGAACGAUGGAGGUGGAGACGCUCCUUCAGGUAUACUGGGCCAAGGUUGUUUAGGGCUUUAAAGGUCAGCACCAACACUUUGAAUUGUGCUCGGAAACGUACUGGGAGCCAAUGCAGAUCUCUCGGGACCGGUGUUAUGUGGUCCCUGCGGCCAGUCCCAGUCACCAGUCUAGCUGCCGCAUUCUGGAUUUAUUGCAGUUUCCGGGUCACCUUCAAAGGUAGCCCCACGUAGAGCGCAUUGCAGUAGUCCAAGCGGGAGAUAACUAGAUCAUGCAUCACUCUGGUGAGGCUGUCCGCAGGAUGAUGUAUCAAGGCAUUGGCCAGGCCUAUGCACAACCAAUGAUUAGACCACGCCCCCCAAUGGACGAUAUACUUGUAAUAUAUGUCAAUGAAGAAUGCUUUUAUGUGUUUCAUCAUUGAAGUAUGUUGCAGGUACAUUCAUACUUUUGUGGGUAAGUUGGUUGUGCAUGGUGAACACUGACAUUUCGGAAAAAUGGCCUCAUUUCCAGGACCAAGCAAAAUUGAUGCUUUGCCAUAUUUUGCUGCUCCUCUCUAGCAUGCAAAUGGUAUGGUGAGCGCUGCAUCUGAAUUGCAAAUGUUCCUUUUAUGUUAAUAUAAAUUUAUAUUUAAAUCCCAGAUCAAGGUAGGUGUCCACCCCAUUAUACAUCCCCAAAUCCUAUUAGCAUUAAUGGGAAUUAUGCAAGCAUGCUGGGCUCGACAACACAGCUGUUUGAGACGGACAAGGAGUUCCUUCCCUCUAGCUGUUCCAUUUAUGUAUGAUUCCCGUGACAAGACAAAUCAGUGGUGAUUCCACGCAUAGGGUGGCUGUGUGCCAAUUCAUUAGCAUGUUAAUAAUCCUUCCGAAAUUGUCUCAUGCUGUAUUUUUCAGAUUAACUUGUGUCUGUUCCGUUUUCACCUUUUCACGAGUGAGAGGUUGCUGGAUUUAUGCUACCUCCGCAUUCUGGGAGCUGUCGGCUCCCUCAAGCUUCGGUGCAGCAACACAUUAAAGUCCUGGCCUUCCCUGAUAAAGCGCUGCUAGUCUUGAGCCCCAUCACAUGUUAAGGUUGACUCCUUUUCUGUGUCAUAUCGCAGUCCCUAAGAGCAAUCAGAAGAUCCAGCCUAUCAUGUCCAUAAAUGCAGUGCAUGCAGCAGUUAAGAGGCUGUUGUUGUGGGCCAAGACAUUCACUAUUCAAACGUUGCCAUUGGAAAAAGCCCCCUUUUCUCUCAGCCGGAAUAUGGAUUUAGAGCUUUUUCAUGGCAUGGUUGAAGGUAUCUUUCGGAAUUUGCGUACACUCUGGUUUCCAAAGUUGGGAAUCUUCAGCUUUGACCUUCUGCUGUUUCCUUUGGCUCCUAAGGGUUUGUUGGUAUUAAUAUUUUAUUGAAAAGUUUUCAAUUUUAAAUAAAUGAAGGGAUACAAAGAAAAAUGAAAGAAAAGAAAAAUGAAAAGGCACAAAAAUGUGUAGAGAAAGAAAUAAUAUAUGGACAUGUGCGAAAAAAUACCCUAACCCAUACAUUCUUUUCUAAAGUUGCAAUUUUUAUCUGAAUACAUAUGUAACUAUUAAUAGCCUAUUAUACAUUUUGUAUAAACUCAUUCCAAAUAUUGUCAUAUUUAUCCAAGCAAAGUCUAAGUUGGUAAGCAGUCUGUUCAUAAGUUGUGAGUGAUCAUAUUGCCAAUUUAUUAAACAGGAUCAUAUCUUAGGAGAUCCUAAUGGCAUUUUUUUGGUGUGUGUGCGCGCACACACACACACACACACACACACAGAGAGAGAGAGAGAAAGAGAGAGACUUUUACUUCAUGUUUUAAAAGCUUUAUAAUAUUUGUUAUAAUAGAGCGGUCGUUGAAGUAAAAUGUUGUUGUCUACCCUGAGCUCUCGGGGAAGUGAGCUAUGUGAACUUUGGAACCAAUGGUCUGUCCCUGGCUAUUCAUAAAAAAUAUAAUACUUUGUGUACUGCCUCAGAUGAAAGGUCCAUCCGGUUCUUUUACCCGAUAAAGAGGUACUGCAAGUAAGCUCACAACUAGGGUGUGAUGGAACUAGCCACCUCCUGUUUUUCAUCUGAAGCUUCUGGUUAAGAGAGAGGCUUUCUCUGAACAAACCUUUUCUGGAGAACUUUCUUCUCCCAGGAAUUCUACAGUGGCAGAAGCGUGAACACCAUUCAGAAUUAUUCAAGGGUGAACUUAACUGAAGGUUGUUGGGUAGGUUCCAUACAGUGCUGGAAAUUGUUUUUAAACAUUAGCUUUUGUUAGGCCAGUAGGGUUAAGGGACCAGAACUUGCUCACUUUACCAUAAUGUGCCCUCUAAAACAGAAAUCAAAAUUAGUGCAUGGCUGCUUCUUAGCCAAGAACAAUGCCCGGUCAUUUUGAUCGCUGCUCAGAGUUAUUCCUUUCUCCCAUUGUUCCCUGCCCAAGUGUUGUCUUCACAAGCCCCUUGUGCUGUGUUUGGGCUGUCUAAGUAGCUUCCAUGUUUUGUUACCCAUGUCUUAAAUUUUCCUCCAUCAAUGAGCUUGACCCUUGUUCGUCAGGACUCUGGGGAAGGGAGGAAACCGCCCUUGUCUCCACUGUUCAAGGAAGCAAGAUGACUUCGUACUUUUCCAUUGCAGUAUUCUGUAGAAUACACAGGAUAACUAAUCUAGCACUGCCGUGAAGCACGAGAAAAUCAGUAUGGCUGAUAAUUGCCCCAUAUAAUAGUUUCAUUCUGAAACAAGAGUUAUGUGCAGUUUGAAAGCUUGCAACCCUUGCCAAUUAAGACAUGAGAUGGAUUCAGAGAAAAGAGAUUGCCUUAAACUUUAUGGACGUUAUCAGUUUGCCUAUGGCAGAUGAAACCACUUAGGCAAAAAUCGCUUUAGUUUAGCAAAUUAGGGCAAAUUUCCCCCUUCUUUUUAGCUGUUUCUGGGACUAUUGGCACAGUUCAGUUCCAUAUACACACAUAAUUUUGUGGAAGCAUGCUGAGCUGCAUGCAUGUAAUUACGGCCCUUUGAUGGCAGGCAGCGUUAGAAAAUGCAAAACCCAGCUAUAGAUUUGUGCUCUUAAUUCCUGACUGCAUAAGUAUAGUUUCUGUGGGUUUUAUUUUACCGAAUGUCUUCCUUGCAGCAAUAACCUGAAAGUAGUCAGAAGUCUGUUUGGAUUGUUUGUCCUUGUGUUUUCUUACACCCUAUUAGUCUUCUACGCAUGUUCCACUUCUUUUGAGCUUUUGGCAGACUGUUCAGAACACCAUUUCCUCCUUUUCAACCUGGCAAAGUCCAAUUGUUCUUUGCUUACACUACACCAGCUUUUCCCAGAAUUUAGCCCGGAGCUUUAAUCCACCAGGGAGCCCCCUGUGUGUUUAGAUUAUAAAACUGCUUCCUAAAGGGAUCUUGAUUGAAUUGUGUCCUCAGAUAAUGCUGUCAAACUGCAAGUUCAGUGUUGUUCUUUUUUAAAAAUUACCCUAUGAUGUUACUCAGAACUCUCGUUAUGCAUAAAUUGGGGUGUGUGUAAUCUUCCUCUCACUUGAUGACCGUUUCAUCAUUCCUGAAAUGUAUUUAUUUUUAUAGCCCACCCUCUUCUGAGAGCUUGUAUGUAGGUAACAACCUUUUCUUAUCUCAUGAGAAAGCUGACUGAUGCUGAGAGGUGGUUAUUUGCACAGGGCCAUUCGGACACAGCCAAGCCAUGCUCUACUACUUAAAUUUGGGUACCAAAAGUAUUCAGAUUUUAAAUGGUAAAGUACACACAUGGUGUCAGCAAUUGUCUGUCGGCUCUACGUGUUCACUGAUGGCAGGGGUUCCCUGAGUGACUACAGAAAUUGUAUGUGGGAGUGGACCCCAUUUCCAUGUUUAACAGGCUGAAGCACUGUGAAACCCAACCCUCUUUUCAGUUGGGCCACUUGGUUAUAAUGUGUGCACUAGGCCCCUCUCUUGUCUCCCACCAUGACAGAAUGUUAUAAACAUGUAGCACCUUUUUGCUUUUGUUCAGGUUUAUGCCGGUCUAUUGGAGUAAGCAACUUUCUUAUUGAUCAUUUGGAACAACUGAAGGAAGACUGCCAGGUAACCCCGCACGUUAACCAGGUGAGUAUACUAUGCAUAGUGGUUAGAAGGCUUUGACUAGGAAACUCGUGUUUUGGGCAGAUGAUGGAGAGCAUGAGAGGACUUGAAUCCAGCACCACACACCCAACAAAGUGAGGGCAAAUCCCAAGGCAACAGCCGCUACUCAGUCUCACAUUGAAGCUGUGCCUGCCCCAUUCCUAUAUAAUGGAACCCAAGGGGUGGACCAAUAUUCCUUGCUAGCCACGUACAGCACCUAUUUUGUCCAUGUACUGUACUGAUUUGGGCAUUAAAGGUUUGGGCAGAAACUGUACACAAAGUUCAAGUCCUUCAUCCAGUGAGAGCCAGGAGACCUGAACCUCCUGACAAUCUGUUUCAUUGAAUACAGUGGUACCUCGGGUUAAGAACUUAAUUCAUUCUAGAGGUCCGUUCUUAACCUGAUACUGUUCUUAACCUGAGGUACCACUUUAGCUAAUGGGGCCUCCUGCUGCCGCCGCUGCGUGAUUUCUGUUCUCAUCCUGAAGCAAAGUUCUUAACCCAAGGUACUAUUUCUGGGUUAGCGGAGUCUGUAACCUGAAGCGUCUGUAACCCGAGGUACCCCUGUAAUUCCAAACGAGGGGUUCUGCUGUAAUACUAUAAGAGGAGGGGAAAGCUUCUUUAUCAACUUUUUACAUAUGAUGCAUAAUUUUAUAAAAUUCUUAUCCCAUCCUUUCCAUAACCUGCAUGUUUCUUAAAACACACACGCCAAGGUAGUCCAACAUACUGAUUGGUUGACUUUUUCUGCACUUUUCCCCAGCAUAUUUCUUCCUUGUGAAAUAACACACUGUUAACUUCUGUGGCAUUUAGCGAGUCUGAAAGCUCCACGUGGAGUAUUGCUUCUCCAUUCUUCCUCAGAGUCUUCAACAGUAAAUACUGGGCAUGUCCCAUAGCCUGUUCAGGUGCAAGCAGCAUGGGCAAAUGAGCCACCUCCAUCAUGUCUCUGCAAACUGUAAACAUGCGGUGCUGAAUGCCACAGAGAGGUCAAGAAACUUCAAAGGUUGAAGGGAUGGAUGUGUCUGCUGUUUGAACCUUGUCUCUUACCCAGCCCGUCAUUUUUGAUCACAGUCGGUUUAGGCUGACUCAGCCUAGCCUUUGAGAGCCUGGUUUUUUCAGAGUCUGGAUUGAGCAGAUGCCAGGCUAUUGUUCCUGACUAUUGUUGCUUGGAAAGACAACAUGUACUAAAGAUGAGAAACAGGAAGCAGUCCUUCAUCCUCCUCGGGGUGCACGAAAUUUUCCACAUUCCCUGUGUUGAUGUCAUGGUGCUAAACUAAGAUAUCGUGUCGUCUUCUCCAUCAAAAGUACGCAAAACGGUUAAGUCACUGGAAGACGUGUGACAGCUAAAGCAGCUUUUUUUCCAGAGAAUUUAUGUUGGAUUUGUGCACAUGAAGGGGUUGUGUUUUUCUGUCCAGGAACUGUGUCAUUUUUUUUGAUUUGCUUAAUCAUCCAUGCUUCCAUUACGGGGAGGGGUAACAUCAGAAUAGUUCACGUUUUAUUACGUUUUGCCGCAGAAUGACUUCUUGCGAGAAUCUUGGGUUCCUAUAUCAGUUGUAUUCAUCUCAUAUUCAUACAUAUUUAUUCCUUCUUCCUCUUGCCUGUCACCUCCUCCUAUUCUCCUAUUCCUCAGAAGGAAUUGACUGUUGAUUUUGAGAGGUGGGACACCAUCAUUGAGCCACUGCAACCAAUAACGUCGGUUUGGAUGGGGCACACAAACAGAACACACCAGCAAAGCUCCUUGCACAGAUGAUUUGUGCAAGCAAGCUAACUUAAAUGCCUUUUUUCUUUCUUUCUUCUGCCCACACUCCUUUUUAAAUAAACUCCACAUUUUCCUGACCCAUGAUUGUAACUAAAGGACAGGUUUCUAUGUCAGCAUUGACCAGGUAUACUGUGACACCUGUAUCCCAGUCUAUGAAAGUGUAAACUUUUAUAUUCUGCUCUAAUCCCUAACAACACUUGGGUUGCAUAGUCAUAACCACCAGUGGAGAUUUCACCAUAUCUAUUCAUUUAAAAGUGUGUGUGUGCAUGCAUACACACUAAUCACAAGCCUAAUUAAGAUUAAUGAGAAAUUAAGGACUAUAUUGUCCUGUUCCUUUCCUUUCCUUUCCUUUCCUUUCCUUUCCUUUCCUUUUUUCUUUCUUUCUUUUUAGGUUGUGACCAGCUUCCCUAGUGGGACCAUUUUUGGCCUCAGCAUCCAACACACUUUUUUUGCCCAAUUCCCCAUCCCUUCUAAAACUUUCUAUGUUCAUGCUCCUGGUACUCUAUCUUCUUCCACCACUCUCCUUCACUUCUCCCCCUUUGACUGUUUAAGUUCCUUGGACCUGACCUUUUUUGUUUGCUUUAUACCAUAGAGUUUACAGAAUAUUGGCUAGAUUAAUGUCACUGUGUAACCGGUCCAUAUAUGUCAGGAGGGAAGAGACACGUAUGCUCUGUCUAAAAUAUAUAUACUUAAGUACUAGAUAAGUUGCUAAAUAAGAAACUUCAAGUAAGAAUUUUAAAAAAUACAAAUUUAAAUUAAUGGGAUUUUCCAUUUUAAGGAUACCUCAGCCAUGCUGUGUGUGUUGUUUAAGAAAGCCUAUGUUUCCCCAAGUUGUCCCUCAGGUAGGAUUUAUUAAUGUGCUGCACCUUGGGGGGGGGGGAUUCCUUCCCGUAACCCUCUGUUUAGAUUUAUGCACAACCAACUAACCUAAUGGAAGAUUUUGAUGAAAGCCUUACAAAUGAGGUCAAAUUUGAUCAUAUGGGUUGGGUGAAUACUUGCCAGGCUAUUCUGCAAGACUCAUCUCCACAUAGAUCAUGUGCUGAGAUCAUUUCAUGAUGGUAGAAGAGCAACUGUGUGAAUUUGCUCUACAAAGAGGUGGAAUUGUACAACUGAGGCGAAGGCAGGUACUUGUAUAGUGGCAUUUUGGUGAUAGGCAGGUCAUGUAUGGCUGUGCUGUUCUUUUCAGUUUCUUAUUCAUAGGAACGUGGGAGAGGAGGAGGAGGAGGAGGAGAAAGAGGCAAUGACCUUGCAUGAUUGCUGUCUUGGGACUGAGUUCUAAUGCACCCAGCAAACUGCUUCAAACAUUACUACAAAGAGUUGGUUCAUCUCUGUAACUUCUGAGGAUGUUGGCAGCCAGCGUACAAAUUUUCCAGAGUACCAUGUUUCCACCCAAGGGACUUUUUCCUGGCAUUUUGAAGGGAAGAGAAAAUAUCAAUAUCAAUUUCUUCUUUCCUCUUUUUUUAAAAACUGAUAGCACUCUGCCAAAUAAGAAGUAACACUUCAGUUGCUUGACCUUUGAGUUGUGAUAGAUUAAAAGCUGGCGAUGGUUUUAACUGCAAAGUUUCUUCUCUUUUAUAAAAGGUUGAAUACCACCCUUUCCAUAGGCCUCAAGAAUUAGUGGAUUACUGCCAAAGCAGGAAUAUUGUUUUCGAAGGCUACUGCCCACUUGCUAAAGGUGAAGCCCUUAGUCAUCCAGACGUAAUUCAGCUUGCAAAGAAAUAUGGCAGAACUCCUGCACAAAUAUGUAUACGCUGGAGCAUACAGGUAAGUUCUAAAGUUGCCAGCAUUCUUGGUCCCGUCCAGGAGGAAUCCGAAUAGAUAUUGGGGGAAGGGGCUGACGUCACACAUGAUGUUGUGUGUGAAACCUGGAUGUGACAUGUGAUGUUCGUGCGUUGUGUUGCAGCUUGGCUUCUGUUUCCAGUGGCUCCUCCACCUUUUCCUCCAUCUCCUGCUGCUGUCACAGGCUGGGGACCACUUCCUCUCCAUGGCAGAAAGAGGAGGAGCCACCAGGUUCCUGGCUCAUGUGAUAGCAUCAUGUACAGCAUCACACCUGGACAAACAUUGAGGGGGCCUAGCCCCCUGCUAACAAAUAUUGGGGGGUGCUCAAAGGGGUUCAGCUCCUAGGAGCCAGCGUCCCUGAAUGCAUCUCUAUUUUAAAAAAAUGUCUGUAAUAAUAAUAGUAACAACAACAACAACAACAAUUUAUUAUUUAUAUGCUGCCCAUCUGGCUGGGUUUCCCCAGCCACUCUGGGCAGCUUCCAAUAAAACUCUAAAAUACAAUAACCUAUUAAACAUUAAUUUAUUUCCUGCCCACCCACAUAAAACAUGCCCAGUAAUAGUAGACAUAUCUCGUGUGUCUCUUAGUGCCUUCAGUGCUAGGAGUACGCCAAGGUUUCAAGGUUAUUCGGUGGCUAUUUAAAGUAAUUGGCUUGAAGUCUAGACGAUUGUUGGGUAGAGAGAUUGAAAGAUACCUCUUCCCUGGGACUAAGUUUAGCUUCGCUGUUCCUGCCAGUGUUACACAAGCAGUCUGUUAGUGGAAGAGAUCCAAAGAUUGAGCAUCCUCUUCUUCUGUCAAUGUAGAACUACAGCGGCUGAAAUACUGGCCUGCAAGAAGUAGAGUGCUGUGUGGAUUAAUUCUUUGUCAAUGCCACUGUGCCCAAACUUGACCUGCAGAGCUGUGUUUGAUGAGUGCAUGGUUCCUCCCUUGGAUAGAUAUACUUUCAAGUCAUUUCAGUAUUAGUGUUUUAUAGACAGACUUCUAAUAUUGUUAUAUUCGGAGACACAUAGGACCCAAAAGUGACUGCAGAGAUCUUGCUAAAGGAGGUAUUUUGGCCUAGUGCAAGCUUCCUCAACCUUGGCCCUCCAGAUGUUUUUGGCCUACAACUCCCAUGUUCCCUAGCUGCUAGACCAGUGGUCAGGGAUGAUGGGUAUUGUAGUCUCAAAACAUAUGGAGGGCUGAGGUUGAGGAAGCCUGGCCUAGCGCUUCCAAACAGCAGGUGAAGGGAGUAAACCUGUAUGUGGGCUUUACCACUGAGGAUAGGGGUUUACAGGGUUCAUAGGAAACGAGCACAUCAGGGAGAAGAGUAGACUAAAAUACUUCUCCCUGACACCUAGUUUCCAUGUGCAGGGGUUUUUAUAUGGAAGAGCUUUCAGUCAUUAGAAUUCCCCACCUGGUACAUUCCAGACACAUGCUUAUCAUCUCAACUAAGCUGAAUUGUUUCAGGUUAACUUAACAUUUAUAAAGAGAUGAUUCACUGACAACUUCCACUAAUGAGACACAUUGACUUGGGUGAGAUAGUUCUAAUUCAUUCUCCCACUCCCUCUUUCCGUUUUCUUUUUAAGAAUAGAACUUUAGGAAUAUAUAAAUUGUUUUUAUUUUUCAUUCUAGAAUGGCAUUGUCACUAUUCCAAAGUCUACAAAACCAGAGAGGGUCCUGGAAAACUGUCAGGUAAGAGCAGAUUGCCUUGUGCCAGAUGUACAUGAAUUAUUGUACUUUGGACAUAACUUUUCAUUAUUUUACACUCCUCUUCUGCCAUGGGAUGCGGGUAGCACUGUGGGUUAAACCACAGAGCCUAGGACUUGCCAAUCAGAAGGUCGGCGGUUCGAAUCCCCGCAGCGUGGUGAGCUCCCGUUCCUCAAUCCCUGCUCCUGACAACCUAGCAGUUCGAAAGCACAUCAAAGUGCAAGUAGAUAAAUAGGUACCGCUCCGGCGGGAAGGUAAACGGCGUUUCCGUGCGCUGCUCUGGUUCACCAGAAGCGGCUUAGUCAUGUUGUACACCGGCCCUCUCGGCCAAUAAAGCGAAAUGAGCGCCGCAACCCCAGAGUCGGCCACGACUGGACCUAAUGGUCAGGGGUCCCUUUACCUUUACCUUCCGCCGUGCCAUGUCUAUUAACAUAAGAUGGAAUAUUUGGGAAUAACAUGAGGAUGAACCAGAACUUUAGCAAGCACACGUGUAAGGAAACAAUGAGAAGUUAAAAAGCUAUUGAUUGAUCCGAAACAUCACAAUCCCAGUGACAAAACAUUGAUAAAAUGGCAAGGAGCCAGGUGACGUAGGCACCUCCAUGAGAAGAACAAAAGUAUAAUCGCUGCAUUAUUUAAGGAAAUGUAAUAUAGUGUAUUAAGGGCAUCAUGUGCUAAAAGAGGAAAUAAAUCCUGCAGCAAUUCCCAGUUAAACCUAGACUAAAGCUAAAUUUGAAACGGAUAAAGCUAAUUUUGCAUGUUUUAAAAUAAUAACCUAAACGUUCUUCCGCCUGCUGAAACUCAAAGUUCCUUAUAGAGGGGAUAUCUCUCCUCUUUUCACUAGGCAGUAAAAAGGAGGAAUUUGAAUUUGAUUGUAUAAGUUUAAAAAUCGUGAUUUUAGUAACAUUUCUAAAGGUAAAGUAUUAGAUACCUCUUUUUUUUUAAUUGAUUCUGCUUGCUCCACUUGAUGUUGUCAGUUACCACUAUGAGAAAUUGUUCUCUUUGUCUGUUUCUGGGUAGAACACAAGAAUAUUUGUUCCCAAAAAGACACACCCACACCCACACAACAAUUUUUUUUUUAAAAAAACUUUUUAUUCAAAAUUAAAACAAAACAAAAGAAAAAAAGUUUGGCUUAGGAGUAGAAUGAAGCUUAGCUUCUUGGGAGACCAAAGUAUAGAAAAUAUUUAACACUCAAGUGUAGAUUUAGAAGGGGACAGUUCCCCUGCAGUUAAGGAGAUUAAGGGCAAUUAUGUUUGCAAUAUGGGUGGGGUGGGAAGCAGAGUGAACCAGAUCAGAAUGUGGGGGGCGGGGGCUUAAGACCCUUGUACCCUUAACAUUGCUUCCGGACAGUACAUGUAUUGAGGAGGGUUUUUUUGCAUAAAGUUUGUGGACAGGAUAUAUACAGUAUCAGCUGUUUAUUGAGCAGUCAUUCUGAUUUGUUUGUGGGUGUCAAAUGUUAGUGGUGGUUGCUUGUGAGUAACCAGGCUGGACUCCGACCUGUCUUUAACAGGUUUUAUUUUGGUGCAAAACUAUUUACAGUGCAGAACCACCAGUUCAUGUCUGCCUCAAUCGCUAGCAGAAUCCGGGAGUGGUCGUUUCCAGGUCCUCCCCCAACAUAAGAGCUUAGUCACCCCCAGCCUUUUCCUUCCUUCUUUGCGUUUUACGCCUCUGCGCAAGGUGGGCUUGGCAAGGAGCGGUGCCGAGGCUCCCAGCAGCAUCCUCUAGCCCUUUCCCCUCCUUUCCCCUGGAGGUGUGGCUUUCUCCACCCUCAGACUGGCAAGGUGUGGCACAGGGGCUCCCAGCAUCCUCCUCUGGUCCCUUCCCCUCUUCCCCACUGGAGGUGUGGCUUUCCCCACCGCAGGAAGAGAAACUGCUUCUCAAGAUUUUCAGAGGUUCCCUGUAUCCCAGCUGCCCCUCUGCCUCCCUUCCCUGUUCCAAUGGCAGUCCCCUGACAGUGGGGGAGUUUUAUCCCAUACUUUCUAGUGCAUUUUCCCAUCACUUCCCUAACUGCAAAAAGUCUGGAUUUUUUUGAAGGGAGAGGAAUUGGGUUUGUUGUGCAAGAGCUUCGCACCCACUUUAAUGGCACAGCCUGAAUUUGCCAGUAUGCAGUUUAAUCCCACUCACAAAAUAUGGCAGCCUGGAAGGUCCCUAUGUGUUGUUGAAUUGUGCAAUGAAUGGAAAGCUGUUUUGGGUGUCCAAAACGGUUGCAUGUAAUGCAACCGUCUAAAGACAGAACUUAAAUGAGGGUAAGUUGAAAGCAAGCUAAAAGGCACAUUCAUGAGACAAUUGUCUACAGGGGAAUUGGAGGUUAUUUAAUACCAGAAUACCAGAAGUACAGAUAUAAUGAUGAACACAAAUUGGAAAUACACAAACAAGUCCAAGAGAAUGCAAGUGUGAUUGGUGAGCAAAGUCAAGGAGGUUAUAAAAAGCAAGAAGGCUUCCUUUAAAAAGUGGAAGUCUUGGCCAAGUUAGAAAAAUAAAAAGGGGCACCAACUCUGGCAAAACAAAUGUCAGUUGAUGAUAAGGAAAUUGGAGAGCACCUUGCUAAAAACGCUGACACAAGUAACACAUUUCUUUAAAUAUAUCAGAAGCAGGAAAUCAGCCAGAGAGAGGCGGUUGGUUUCUUUGAUGGCAAUGAUUCGAAAGUAUUAUUGAAAGAGGAUAGGAAGAUUGCAGGGAAGCACAAAACUUAUUUAAUGUUAGUUUUCAGCAUGGGAGAUGUUGGGUAGAUACUUGCUCCUGAACCACUUUUUCUGGAAAGGUUUUUGAAGAACUAAGGCUGCAGUCUGCUGCACACUUACUUGGUAAUGAACUUCACUGUACACAGUGAGACAGAGGAUCACUCACGCAAGACUGUGAUGACCAAGAGCUUAGAUGGCUUUAAAAGGGGUUUAGCAAAUGCAUGUAAGUCUUACUGCGACCUUAGGGUGAAAGCUGGGAAAUAGCUGGAUAGAUAGAUAAACAAGUAGAUAAAAUUAUCCUUGAUAGUUAAAUGGAACCUCUGCGUUCAUAGACCAGCUGUUAUGGGUCACCUGAGUGAGAAGUCAUGACAUUUAUUUGUAGUUUGAGUUGUAGAUCAAUAACAUCUGGAGAUCCAAAUUUGGGAAACCCUGAUUUACAUGCUAGGAAAUGUAUAUUCCACCCUUUCUGAUGCAUUUUGCAUCACACAGGGCAGCUAACAGUGACUGAACCAAUAAAAUCAUACAAUCAGCAUAUGAGCCGAAACAGAUAAAAUAAAGGCAAGUUCAGCAGAUAAAAGCAACUAAAAUUAGGGUUUGUUAAGGCCAUGCUACACUGAACAGGAAGCAAUUAGAAGGAGAAGGUGCAAUGAGGGUUCUGAUUAGCUUGUCAGUUCACACUUGGCAACCGGGCGUUGCAGUUGUGCUUUUAAGCGUUUCGGUCGAUAAUGCAGUUUACCUGUAUAGGGAAGCUUUUUAAUGUGUGAUGUUUUAUUAUGUUUUUAUAUGUGUUGGUAGCUGCCCAGAGUGGCUGGGGCAACCCAGUCAGAUAGGCGGGGUACUAAUAAUAAAAUUAUUGUUGUUAUUAUUAUUUAAGUGCCCCCCCCCUCGCCAAAGAAAAUCAGCACAAAUGAGGUGGUGGGGAGGCAACACAGAAAGCAUGGGCUGGCAAAAUAUGCCAUGAACAUUUUGCCAUGAACAGUCCCACAGUUAUUUCAGUUGGUCUUCACCAGUUAAAACAGCGAACCAGUGCUUUAGUUAACUAAGCUACCAGUUUGAAUAAAUAAAUGCUUGCAAUCCCGUCCUUUUAAAAACUUUGCUAAAAACACACACCUCAGGUAGUCCUGGGGAAGAAGGGAUUUAUUUCUUCUGAGACAGCCAAGGGAAGAGAAGGACUUGCUCAGGAUAUGCCGGGUGCGUAGCGUAACAGUUGCACAUCUAAUGCUGCCGUCUCUGCCUUUAUCCAUGCACACAGCUUACAGGAAUUCCCAGUUCAGGGAACCAAGCGAGGGAAAGGGGAGGCAGGCAAGGAAAUGGCCUUUCACCGUAUGACAUGCACCGCCUGUGAUCGAACUUCGUAAACUCUAGGAAAGAGUCCCUUCCUUACAGCCUGUGUCUAUCCUCCCCCAGGAGCCAUUCUAGCAGUUCUACGUGCCAACUGGUGUGUUCCAGGAACUAAACCUGUGCUUCUCAGAAAGCAUAUUCACAAGGAGGCAUAGCUCUUUGUCUGGCUAGGAGAAGGGAUUUUUUUAAAAAACCUCCCAGCCAGGGAAUCCCCUUUCUCCCAGCAGCUCUUAGUCUCAUCAACAUUCUGUGUAUAUUAUGUCAUCACUGCGUUUUCCCCCCCCAAUGAACACUGGCUUCAUUAAAUAGUCUUGAAAGCGUAUUUCCUUGUGGUUUUCUUUCCCAAGUUCUCCUUCACUUGGUGUUUUGACCCCCAUUUCUCCCAAAGUCGUUAAUGGUGAUUUAAAAAGGUGUGGGGAGAGAGGAACAGAAGGUAUUCGUGAGUAUCCCUUGGUUUUGGAACAGAUCGUGGAAUUAUAGCUGUAGAUGAGACUUCAGGGUCCAACCACAUUGCUUUCAGGGCUAGCUGUGGAAUUGUCUCCCACAAGAGUCAUCGAUGGCUAUUGACUUGGGUGGCCUUAAAAGAGGAUUAGAUAAAUUCAUGGCGGAUAAGGCUACCAUUGGCUACUCAUUCUGAUGGCGCACUGGUUGUGCUCAGAUCCUGCUUGUGGCAUCUGUUUGGCCACUUGAGAGCAGAAUGCAGGACUAAAUGUGCCCAGCAGCCUCUUUUUAAGUUCCUACAUUACGUUCCUGCUCAGUUUAUGUUGCACUGAGAGUGUGGGAAGUUGGGAACAAACAGUGAUGGACGAGAAAUGGCUUAGUACAGGCAUAUCCAAAGUCCGUUUCAGGGGCCCAAUCGAUUUAAUCCAGCCUCCCUGGUGGCAUAUGUCCUGGGGUCCUGGGGUAAAAUCCUAAGAAAAGCUCAACAACUUUGCGGUAAACCUAAACUCUAAGAAAAGCUCAACAACUAAAAAAAGGAUUGAAGAACAACUUUGGUUGGCCCUCACACAUGUUCCCUUCAUCAAAUCUGGCCCUCUUUGAAAAGAGUUUAGGCACCCCUGGCUUAGUAAAAUAGUCUAAAUAGAUCAAAUAUGCGAGCCUAGACACAUCAUAGAGAGGAAGUCAAGUAUUUUCCAAAUUAAGUAGAGCUAUGACAUUCUAACUAUCUGGUUGUAGAUACAAACUCUUGAACCAAAAUUAUGAUUCAGGAUGCCGGUGUGUUUUUAAGAAGCAGGCAGUUGGUUUUUAUUAUUGCCUUGUAUGUGUUCCACUAACCACAUAUACAUUCCCCUUAGGUCUUUGACUUUUCCCUAGCAGAAGAUGAUGUUGCAAUUCUGAAUGGAAUGCAUGAUGGGAGACAUGUCUCCUGGGAUCCAACCCCAGUUGUUUAGAUGCCAAGGCUUGGAUUGUUGUUGUAAGUUCCAUAGUAUCUGAAGGGACAAUGCUGCUUUUGUAAUGUAUUCUCAUGCAGUAAUGCAAAAUGAAAUUAAAUAUUGCCUUGAUAAUUAGCUGUACAACCUAUUUGGGUGUGGUAAUAUGUAGCUUAAUAACAGAGAAUGUAGAAUUUACACUUUUCUCCGCCAAGCCCUUACAGUUUGACAUCGUCACUCUUCAGCCUUCCCAACAAGUUCGAUACUUCUUUUUUCUGCUCCAGCAAAGCCCUGUCAUUUUGUAUCUAGCUUUUUUUUUUAAAAAAAUACUGUAAUAAUAAUGGGUGGUAUUCAACUAAGUUUGAGUAUAGACUUUACAUUCAUGGGCCUAAUUUAAAGGUAAAGGUAAAGGGACCCCUGACCAUUAGGUCCAGUCGUGACCGACUCUGGGGUUGCGGCGCUCAUCUCGCUUUAUUGGCCAAGGGAGCCGGCGUACAGCUUCCGGGUCAUGUGGCCAGCAUGACUAAGCCGCUUCUGGUGAACCAGAGCAGCGCACAGAAACGCCAUUUACCUUCCCGCCAGAGCGGUACCUAUUUAUCUACUUGCACUUUGACGUGCUUUCGAACUGCUAGGUUGGCAGGAGCAGGGACCGAGCAACGGGAGCUCACCCCGUCGCAGGGAUUCGAACCAACUUUUGAUCUGCAAGUCCAAGACUCUGUGGUUUAAUCCACAGCGCCACCCGUGUCCCUUGGGCCUAAUUUAGUCAUGUUCUUUUCCGUCAACGGGUCUGUUCCAAGAAAACAUGAUGCAAAAAGCCCCUGCACUAUUUCCUAAGAAACAGCCCUCUGGCAUGAAGCAUUCCUUAGAUCCCUCUCAUCCUUUCCAUGCAUGCCAGCACAGGAUGUGCUCCAGAACUCCAGUAAGAAGUGCCCCGUUCCUUCUGACACUAGUUAUCCUUGACACCAGUGGGGACUAAAAUUUCAGCAUUUGCAAGCAUCUGCAGAGAAACAGCCUCAGAUCCAUAGAUUCUGCAAAAAGAGAAGGGCAGCUGCUAUUUUGAAUUCUCUAGUUCAUUCUGCUUGGUUCUUCUGCACUCAAGCAACCCCAGAAAAUUGUGCCUUUCUUGCCAAGGCCAUCCAACAUCUUAUGGCAAUAAGAAGUGCCAUAGAGCUAGUCAUCUUUGUUUCCACCCCAAAGUCAAGGGACAUCAGAGCAAAUUUUUAUGCAAAUAAGUGUGAACGAGUUCUAAAGAAAAAUACCUUCAGUAUAGAGAAUCUGUAAUAGAUCUAGCGAUAUUUUCUAGCUUCGAUAGAGGCCUACCUGCAAUAUCACUUCCUGAGGCUCAGCUAUGGGAAUGAAGACUAUCCCCAUGAGGUCCUGCCAUUCUUCCUCCAGGGUCUUCAUGAAGAUUCUGGUAGUCGUGAUAACCCAUCUCCAGAUAGUAGAGAACAAUAUUCAGCAGCCCAGCCUCAACUCAGGGUCUUCAGGAUGUGAUGCUCAUGCUUCAGGGGAUGCAGAAACAAAGAUUAAGGGAUAGGAAGUGGGUAUCACCUUCUUCACCUGAUGGCCCCAAUGUCCUUGGUAAAUCUGAUCAAUUGGUUCUACAGUAUUAGGAGACUGGGUUAACUGCUGAUCGUGCCAAAUCUACUUCACCAGGACUCUUUUCUUCAUCCUCAGCCACAGCUAUUCCUCUUGACUGUAUGGAGGUUGAUAGGCAGAUCUUGGUAGCCAUUAAAUGCCCCUCAGGGUGAACUCCAUUGAUUUAACUGCUCUUCAAUCUUCCACUGCUCCUGCUUACAAUAGUAAGCCUUUAGAAGUUUUGAUUCUUGGGUUUGUUGCAGCUUCACUACAAGUUAAUUUAGUUUUCAUCUAGGUUGGAUUUCGGGGUAAACAUGAUGUUAUACACUUGACAUUGUAACCUAGUAUUAAAACUUGCAUUAAAGUAUAUGUAGUGUAUGUUUUAGACAGAGCCUCUGCCCAUUGAAUUAUCAGCCUGGCAUUAGGUAUGCAGUCAUGAUGGUCUGAUAUUUUCAGAGUUCCUGUGUCUAGAAGUGUAUGGAAAGUCUGACUGUGAUUUAUAUUGUUUUAGGACUUCCUGCAGCAGUUUUCCCACUGCUGUGCUGUUUUAGCCGUAUCACAAAACAAAAGUUCCUUGCUUUUUUAUCAUCCCAGCUUGUAGCAAGCUGGUAUUGUUGUUUGUCCCUGAAGUUUUGUUGCUAACACUUUGAGCGGAGACAAAGUUUCUCCCCUUGAUUACAACUCCUGAGGGAGAUUCUGAAAACAUUUUGACGCGAUGCCUUAAGGCCCACGCCCUAAAUUACAUUUGAUCAUGUUUUUAAGAGACACUUUUCCUAUGGGUUCCGUUGGUCCAUCUCUCACUUCCAGUAAAGUUUGGGCUUUUUCACGUGCUACGUGACUGCAAACUAAGGUUUGACUCGGGAGUGUGUACCGGUACUUAAGAGCAAAAUAAAAAAAUUCCUUCCAGUAGCACCUUAGAGACCAACUAAGUUUGUUAUUGGUAUGAGCUUAGUUGGUCUCUAAGGUGCUACUGGAAGGAAUUUUUUUAUUUUGUUUCGACUACGGCAGACCAACACGGCUACCUACCUGUACUUAAGAGCAGAUCACGUUGAUGAGUGAUAUGCUAAAAUUACUUGCAAACAUGCAUGCAUUGCAGAUUUUCAGAUGUAUACCUAAGAAGUUUAAUUUGUGAAGAGGUUUAUUAUUAUUAUUACUAUUUUGUUGGAAAGCAGGAGCUACUUAUAUUCUUUGCUGUUGUGUUUUCUAUGGCAACCUUGAUGCUUCCUACAAUAAACAAACACAAUGUGCAGAGCAGAUUGUGCCUCCUUCUCCUCUUUCUUAAGGGAGAAGAUUCAUCUGAUUCUCCCUCCCUCUCUCUCUCUCUCUCUCUCUCUCUCACACACACACACACACACUGUGUGCUACACAUUACAUUUUUGUACUUUAGGCAAGAUGUGCAAAUGUGGCCACACAUCCAUCACAGAAUUGGGGUUUUUAAGCCAGGGUAAGCCUCUUAAAUGGGCAUUUGUAUUUCCUGUAGGACUCACCAGUGCAGCUACAGCAAAAGUGCAGAAGCUUCUCUAAGCUACCGUAUUUUUCGCUCCAUUGGACGCACCGGACCAUAGGACGCACUGGAUCAUAGGAGGGGAAGAACAGGGAAAAUUUUUUUUUCUUGUUCUCCCCCUCUAAAACAAGGUGCGUUCAAGGUACAUUCACCAGAGCUUGUGGGGCUGGCGGUGGGGGGAAGCGCUGCUUUCCCCCACCGCCAGCCUCAAAGAUCCCUGAAGCCUUUGGAGCGCAGCGCCCCGCUGCCCUGCAGAGGUUUGCACACAGCCCUCCCCAAGCUAGAGCAGUGAGACGGAGCCCUCCGUCUCGCUGUUCUGGCUUGGGAACAGCCUUGCUAGCUUCUGCAGGACAGCGGGGUGAAGGCACCCCGCUGCCCUGCAGAGGUUUGCGCGCAGCCGUCCCCAAGCUAGAGCAGCGAGAUGGAGCGCUCCGCAGUGCUUCGUCUUCCUGUUCUGGCUUUGGGCUUAGCGGCGCAGCCUGCAUUCGCUCUAUAGGACGCACACACAUUUCCCCUUAAUUUUUGGAGGGGGAAAUGUGCGUCCUAUAGAACGAAAAAUACGGUACAUCUGAGUAUUUCUGCAUUAUUAUUAUUAUUAUUGCAGCGCAAGCCUGAGUUGGCUGGAGAUUAGAUCCAGCUAACCAUUUGACCUUAUGUUCUAGCCUUAAAAAGCUGAUUUGUUGACAGUGGGGAGGGUGUAAUGGCAGGUGCAACCAGUACAUGGAAAUUGUGUGAAAGCACACUUCCUUUCAAAGAACAGUUACUGAAAGUAACAGUUAUGUUCUGUGAUUUCUCCCCCACCCCAAAGCUUUUCACCACCAUUGCUGCUCCUGGCAACUAUUUGUUUGACUUGCUUACAGUGCAGAGGGAGGGCAACUCUUGAGUAAAGCUACCUAAAGGAAGAAAAAAUGAGGCCCAGCCCUCUCUAGUGCAACUGCCAGCUCGAUCGGUUGUUGCAUUUAGAAUGUGCCACAGAAGAUCGAGUGUGAAGGUUUAAGCAUUUAUACAUGGGAAAGUUGGCUGUGCAAAGUGCUUCCUUCUCAGUUCUUAAGCAGCACAUGGCAGUUACUGGAUCACAAAGGUUAAAGAGAGAGCACACAAACUUGGGACGUUAGUGCAAAAUGGCACUGCUCAUUAGCAAAAGUAAGGAUGGUGCUUCUGCUGCAGCUGUACAAGUUAGCACCGCAGGUUCAGCAGAUCCCUAGAAAUAAAGUGCUGGACAAAAACCGUGAGGAUCCCUGAGGAUCUGAAGACUUGCUAUACCACAAUGUGCAAAGCACAAGUGCAGAUCCCAACUUGGCCCACAGCACCUUCCUUGCAGACAAAAUGUGUUACACUUAUCAAGAAAGCCUCCUCCCAGCAUCGCAGGAAUGGAACACUAUUUUCUCAUAUAAACUGGGAGUCUUCCUGUGUUCUGCUUGCUGUAGCUUUCCAUUAACUGGUAGAGAAUUUUUCUCGAGCUUUCUGGCAUGCUGCUGAAUUUAGAAAACAAGGAAAAGCCUGCUCUUGGUUCUUUUGACCAGGAAAUAACUUUGGCCUAUGAAGUUUCAUAUUGCUUGAUAAACAGUUUUGAAAAGAAGAAAAUUUUUGCUUUCGGAGAUGGUUUCGGCACGUUUUCAUAGAGCUGGGGCGAAAGGCAGCCUAAAAAGUUUUACCGCUUAGCCCACAGGAUAGCAUCUAUUACUUUGUUUCAGCAUAGGCUUAUUAUACUUCUACGGACUUCCAAAGAUUGACAGAGGUGUGCUCAAUUCAUUUCAAAUAUAUUAGAGAAUUUACAAGUGCACACAUUUUGUUUUUGUUACUAAAUCAUGUCUAUUAUGCAAUAAGAAUUACAGUGCUAUCUAGUAUACUGGUCUGCGUGUUACUUGUAUUGUUGGGGCAAAAGAACACGCUUUUAUCAGCAUAUCUCAAGGCCUGGCUUUUCUAAUAGUAUUAUUUAUAAAUGACAUUUUCACCCCACCUACCCUCCCAGCAAGCUAAAGGUGGUGUGCAAGGUUCUCCCUCUCUUCUGCUUUAUCCUCAAAACAACACUGUCAGGCAUAUUAGACUGAGAGACAGUGAUGGGCACAAACUUAUCCAUUUCAGUUCGCCACCUGGCAAAUAAAAUAAUAUUGACACAACCUCACAGGGCAGGUGUUGGCUAAAGUUGCCAACUCUCCCCCCCCCCCCACUCUGCCACACUGGACCCAUUCUUGGGCUAGACACACACUCAAAAAUCAGGUUAAAUCUUUUCCAGGUAUGCUCAAUGUACUGAAACGUUUGACCUGCUGAACUUCUGCUGUUAAAUGUACGGGAGCAGAAAGAAAAGAAGAAGGAAAGGGAAGUUGUCAACCUUAGAACUACAGGUGAAACUUGGAAAAUUAGAAUAUCGUGGAAAAGUUCAUUUAUUUCAGUAAUUCAACUUAAAAGGUGAAACUAAUAUAUGAGAUAGUCUCAUGACCUGCAAAGCGAGAUAUGUCAAGCCUUUAUUUGUUAUAAUUGUGAUGAUCAUGGCGUACAGCUGAUGAAAACCCCAAAUUAACAAUCUCAGAAAAUUAGAAUAUUAAAUGAAAUCAGCAAAACAAGGAUUGCAAAUAGAGCAAUAUUGAACCUCUGAGAAGUAGAAGCAUGCAUAUGUACUCAGUACUUGGUUUGGGCCCCUUUUGCAUCAAUUACUGCCUCAAUGCAGCGUGGCAUGGAUGCUAUCAGCUGAGGUGUUAUGGAAGACCAGGAUGCUUCAAUAGCAGCCUUCAGCUCUUCUGCAUUGCUCGGUCUCAUGUCUCUCAUCUUUCUCUUGGCAAUGCCCUAUAGAUUCUCUAUGGGGUUCAGGUCAGGCGAGUUUGCUGGCCAAUCAAGCACAGUAGUCCCAUGGGCAUUGAACCAGGUUUUGGUACUUUUGGCAGUGUGGGCAAGUGCCAAAGUCCUGCUGGAAAAUGAAGUCAGCAUCCCCAUAAAGCUCAUCUGUGGAAGGAAGCAUGAAGUGCUCCAAAAUCUCCUGGUAGACCCUGGACUUAAUGAAGCACAGUGGACCAACACCAGCUGAUGCCAUGGCAUAGCCAGCUCUUUCCCAACUUAGAGAACACCCCUGUGUGAUUUACCUGCAAACAGUUGAUCACGCUACCAGGCUAAUGGAUCUUUGUAAGCUGAGCCUGUAUAAAUGAUGAUCAUAAAUAAGACUAAUAAAUAGCAGCAGCAAUAAAGCAGCUUGACUGUUGAUUGAUUGAUUUAUCUAUGUCUCGAGUGACCUGAAAGUGGUGUUUUAAAAAGAAAGAGGAAGAAAGAGCUGCUCAGUUAUGUUAGGAGUGUCAGAUGGUGCCGCUGUUCAAAUUUCAAUACCACUCGUGCAUGUCCUUUUUUGUAUUAGAAACAGAAACAUUUGACCAAAAGAAAUUGUUUCGAAAGACAAUUCGGAGUGUGUGAAGCACAAAUGGAGCCCCACCUCGUGUUUCCUCUUAAUACAAUACCCAAGAGUGUAUCCCUCAGUGCCAGAGAUAAUUAAGAAAUGCACUGUACCCAUUUAAAACAAAUACAACAUUCCUAAUUUCCUUCUUUGGGCACUUAGUAACUUUCCUCUGUUACUUCCCCAUGCAUCUGUCAACUGUUUGCUGAUUUUCAUCAUGAAGCAGAUUAAUACUAUAAUUCUGUGCAUGCCUACUUGCAAACAAGUCCCAUUGGACUAAGCUAGAGUGUCACAGCCUAGAAAUGUUAAUAUCAGUAAAACAAAUGAGGCUGACCUUUGAGUCAUAAGUUCAUAGGAUGGGACCCCAAAGUUGUUUUCACAAACGCAAGUGGUGCUAUUGAAGUUUCCCACGUCAAUAGAAUUAAAGAAGUGCUUUUGAUAGGAACAUACAUUUCAAUUUAAAAAUGGCUUUUGUAGUUGUUACUUAUUCUGUGGUCAAUAUUCAAGAGUGAUGCACCUUAAACAGUAUUUUUAAAGCUUCUUUUAAUGUUCCAAAAAGGCAGCGGGAUGGAAGGCUUCUCAUUGUGCAUUUGGGUCUUGCCCAGUGGAUAGAAAUGUACAUUUCCCCACAGGUUUCCAUUAUCCCAUUGUGCAUCCUUCCUCAGGGGAUGCAUUUAUGUAUCUCCUUUGAGUCAAGAUCUAGAAACACGCAAAUCACUCAUGCUUCUUUCACUCUUUAUCUGAAACAUCCUGGGCAGAACAUAUUUGGGGAUGUUUGGUGUAAUAUAGGUGUUGUUCUGCAUCUGUUAUAUAUUUGCCUGGCCCUUACUCCAAAGGAGACCAGGGCAGCGUGCAUACAAUCCAGCCUUACAACAGAAUAAACUACUACAAACACUCUCGCAAAAACUGCAGUAAAACAACAGAACCUCUCAGCUAGCAGAAAUGAUAAAGACAUCAGUCCCAAUCGCCCUUUCCCAAACAGGCUUGGACAGACAAGUGUGUGCUUCAACUGGUGGAGGGCAGGGAGGGAGAAAACCAAUGAGACCGACAGACACAGCUCAAUGGGGAGGGAUUUCCAUAACUGAGGGGCCGCCACAGAGAAGACCCUAGCCUAUGUCCCUGCCAAUCAGGCAGGAUCACAAGCAGAGCCUGCCCUGCAGGUUUUAAAGGCAGAGUUGGCUGGUCUUCCCAUCUUCUCUGACCACUUGCUAUGCUGGCCGGGGCUGAUGGGAGUUGGAGUCCAGCCCACCCACCAUGUGGUUGGGUUCUGGACUGUCACUGUCUGUGAUGGCAGAAUUAGACACAUUUUUUGAAAGAAGGAAGGGUGGGAGAGAGUUGCUGCCACUAACUCUGGAUUUCAGGGAACCAUUUUUGCUAUGCACUCUUAUUGCAAGUUCAAGUCAGAAAUUUCCCCAUGAGAACUUUCAGCUCAGAUUUAUUUUCCCCCACCGAAUGCAAGUUAUUGUGGGGCGCCCCCUGAAUAAAUAAAUUACUUUUGGGAGCCAGCCUAGCAUGACUUUAUGAUACUAAGUUUGGCACUCUAGAUAGGUUAGGUUUUGCUCAUCUGGAAACUGUAGGCAGUCCACUGCACUCGAUCACAACUUUUACUUAGGACAGGAGUGAAAUUGAGAGUUAUUUCUGCAGAUAAGCAAAAAUCAGCUUUCAGGGGAAAUCCCACUUAGCUUGGGUCCUCACACCUGGUCAGAAGUCCUGAACACUUUUAAGCCACAACAUAGCAUCUUUUGCUAGACCGCUCUGAUGAUCAGUGGGGGAAUGGAAAUGGCUGUGAAAUAAUAAAGAAAAGAGGAAAGAUCAACAACGAAAAAAGUCAAAAGGGAAGGGUGAGGCUGAUGGCUGCCCAGCUACAGAGUUUCCUGUCUGAUUUUUCUGAGGGUAGACUGUUUAAUCUCCACUUUUUGUUCAGUCUUUUUUUCUUCUUCACUGCAGCUUGCUUAUUAUAUGACUGAAAAGCAGCUCAGACCCUCCAGUUGAGAAAUGCCAAUGGUGGUUGUAAAAUCCACACAUAAGGCAUUUCUGACCAAGCUGUACAUUUGAUUGCAGAGAACUGAAGAUACUACGGCUCCUUUCCUUGCCCACAACUUAAGCUAGAAGAUAAUUAUGUCACCGCUCUAUAGGCAGUAAGCAGGCUGCAGAAAUUAUACGUUCAGAAGCCUCAGAGUCAAAAUAUAUGUACUAUGGGCCUGAUAUACUGUAGUAAACACCCGCCUGCUUCCCUUUAAAGUGGUACAACAGGGUGACGUGAGCUCUGCCUUUUCAAAGCUCUGCUCUUGGAUGAAAGUUCCCUUGUUGAAGUAAACAAGGCUUGCGAGUUGUCAGAUCUCUUCUGUAUGUUGGAUAUUGGUGGAGUAAAAGAUGCUUCUUUUAAAUGCCCCGCGGGAGUUAAACAGUUUACUCUUUAUGACUCCAACAAAGACUUCCAAUUUGGAAAGCCAAUGUCUGAUUACUGAGCACACUUCUCAGGCUUCUAUGAAAUUCUGCACCUGUGAGAGAGAAUGAAUUUGCUGGCAUAACUUUGCCAUGAGAUCCUGUUAAAUUUCCCUUGAAAGCUUGCUUUAGCCAUCUCUAUAUGACUGCAGUUUCUCUGCUUUCUUCACCACAUAAUACCCAAAGUUGGCAUUCAGCGUACAUCAAAGUAUACUGCAUACCACUCCCAUUGUUCCCAAUCUGUUUCCUACUUCCCAAAGUUCCAGUAACCUCUCAGUGGGAAAUAUAUAAAGGAUGGUAUUCAUGGCAUUUGUUCUGUCAGCAUAAGCACUCCUGAUUUCACCCAGAAAAGUAAUCCGUUUUAGUUCUCCUCCCCCUGCUCCAGACAAAAGAAAAGCACAGGCAUCUUUAAAGGUGCCUAUCACGAAAGCUCGCAGACCUGCUUGUCUGCAGUUUGGCAGGUUUCUCUCACGUCUGCAAUUUUCAGACCAAUUGCCCACAAAACAGAUUGGGAGAUUAAGUGAUUUCUAUUUUACCUAUUCCAAACCUGAGACUGCUGCCCUUGCAGGAAAACUACUGCAGUUAUCAUCCUGAGAUUUUACAGGAGUCAUACCUCCAAAAGGGUGAUCUUGUCUACAAAUUUCAUCCAGUUCUACCCCAAAAUAAAGUUUUAAGACGUUUCCUUAAUAAAAAAUAAAACCUUAAAGGUUUCCAGCAGAACGGCCUUUGGAGAUAUUUGUAGUUUAACAGGCUUUAUCUACUCUGGAGAAGCUAAUAUACCUGCAAAUUUCAUCCACUUCUGUGGGACGUUAUAUAAUAUAAAUCACAAGAUGCUGUGUGUAAUGUUUCUCUUGACGUAGGGCACGUUGAUUCUAUGAUCAAAAAGGCGGCUCAGUCACAAAGGGCUUGGGAGAUAUCAAAGAAGCUCACGUUUGGACAAUAAUGCAAUUCUAAGUUGAGGGAAUUCUACUAUAAACUUCGCCCCUAUUUUCAUUCUACAGCUGAAGGAUCAUUUUAUCUGCUUCUGCCGUGAAUCCUUUUCCCAUGGUGGAGCAGCUCUUCGGGAUUUUUUUUUUUACUAUUUCCCAGAUGUUGCUUUGCAGAGUCAUUAGUUUCUUAGCUUAUUCAGGUUAUUUUUCAGUUGAUUCAUCUGAAUAUUUGCAGCGGGUUGGACUUGAUGACCCUUGUGGGUCAAACAAAAUUCUAUGAUUUUGUUUGUGAAUAAUAAUAAUAAUAAUAAUAAUAUAAUUUAUUUAUAUCCCGCCCUCCCCAGCCGAAGCCGGGUUCAGAGCGGCUAACAACAGUAAAAUGAUACAACAUUCUAAAAUCAUUUCAUUAUAAAAUCAGUUCAAAUCAGAUUAAUGGCAACCAUUGGGCUAGAGUUCUGUGAGGAUUGCCAAAGGAGGGGGUCAGAAUAAUAAUAAAAUUUCCAUCCUUUGGAUCAGUGACCACUUCUAUCUAACUGGAGACAAAUUUCAUCCAUGCAUGCCUGAAUCCUUCUUUCUAAGGAUUGAUACUUGUUUUGCUAUCUAAGCAUAUUCCUCUGGCACCAGCUACUAUGUUAGCUUUGGGGGUGUGGGUGCUGCCAAAAGCUGAUAACAUAUGAAUUGAGUUCUAGUCAGCUAUUUGGGUGGAAUUGCAUAUGCUUAAGAAGUUCUGUGAGAAAAAACUUAGCUCUUCUGCAGUGUCCAGUGUUGACUGUGAUGCAAACUUAAGGGAACAGUUUGUGCACUGAUCGGUCUGAGGUCGACACAUACUGCAUUGUUCCUGCUUCUGGAGAGAGAAUUCCUCAGGUUCUCACUCUCAGUGAAUGAAAGCAUAAUGAGACUUUUGAAGAGGCAUAAGUGUUGGAGAACACUUAUGAAUUCACCCAGGCACCUUAGGAGCACGGUUACAUCCCUCCCUGUGCAUCUGUUGGGUUUAGAGAAGGUAAUAACUCCACCUGACAGUAUUCCUUUGCAAAAGGAAAGCAUCAACUUGUGCUGGUCUAAGUAAAAAAAAACAAAAACGGGGGGGGGGGGGUAUUGAGAAUGGUUUCAAAUUCGUUUCCAAAUAAUGACCUUCGCAAUCUGAAACAUGAUUAAGCUCUGACAGUGCCUAUGCUAAAAUGAAAUUGACUUUUAAAGUUAGUAGUAUGUAUGCAUCUAUGUAUGUAUGUUGGGUCAUUUGGCCUAUAGGCAUUCAAGGUUACUACAGACAAGCUGGAUACAGACUAUUGUUUUUAAGUGAAUUGGAAGUGAUUUGAGAAGUGUUUUGCUAAUCCCAUGUCAUUUCCAUACAGUUAUUCCAGCCAACUUUUUUCUCUCUUGGUCAGAUUUGUUUUGCUGGUUUUUGAAACCAUGCAGAUCCUGUUAGCCUAAGUAGCAGUAGAUUGUAUAAAACAUGACUUCUUUUCUUCUUCUUCUUUGGCGAUCACUCGUAGCCAAGUAAGAUUGUCUUCCAUGAACACGGCCUUAACAGAGAGUCCAUAAGUUACUGUAGAGGCAAAUUCUGGAUCCACAUGUCCUUCCACAGUGGGAACAUACAGUAUUUAUAUGUGUUUAUACUACAUUUUUUAAGAUUUGCCUUGAGGGUGUCUAUAAACCUCUUUUGUUGACCACCAGCAUUACAUUUUCCAUUCUUAAGUUGGGAAUAGAGUAGUUGCUUUGGAAAACGAUAAUUAGGCAUCCGAGCAACAUGACCAGUCCAACGGAGUUGAUGUUGAAGAAUCAUUGCUUUGACACCGGUGAUCUUUGCUUCUUCCACUACACUGGCAUUAGUUUGCCUGUCUUUCCAAGUGAUGCCGAAAUCCAGCAUUCCCUGAGCUCUGCGAGUGCAGCAUUCUCCCAAUUGAAGUGCAGAGUGUUUGAGGGCCAGGCCAUUUGCAGGGAAACCAAAACCAAGACUAAGGUUGAGUUUGCUAUGGUUGCAUUAGCAGUAUACCAAGAGUAUUAUAACUUUACAGGCUAACAUUUGGCAUCUUUUUCUUUUCAGGUCUUUGACUUUAGUCUGAAAAAAGAAGAUAUGGAAUUUUUAAACUCCAUGAAUAUUGACAGAAAACUGAUUCACCUUACCUACCCAUUAUGGAAAGGAUAAUCUUAAAACAUUGCAAUGGCUCAAAUCAUGAAGAUAUCAGAACUACACAGAUCCGUCUUGCUAUAAAUUUAUUUUAGACAGCCCAAUAUUCCCAUCUUCCUACCUCACUAAAAUACCUUUCGGGAAAUCAUGAGUCAUACUUCAUCCCAACUAAAUCGAAAUAAAAUGAUAUUAUAGAAGACAGCAACAGCCUUGUGAUUCUUGCCACGUGCGAGGCAAACGGGAUUUGCCAUUGGAUGCUAGUGGAAAUGAGCUGGUCUGGUUAAUUUAAUAAAAUGCCCACAUACAGUUUUGCAUGAAAGCCACUAAAUCAGUUUAGAACCAGAUGCUCCUGUUAGAUCAUCACAGUCUCGUUUUACUGGCAAUAAAUAUCUUU